AUGGAACGUAUUGGUAAGGUCAUUUCCACUUUCUGAAUUAAGCAAAUGUAUUGUCCAAUAUGUCUUUCACAAGUACAGUGCAGUACAUAAGCAGCUUAGCUUGGAACAGGUCUUAAUGCUUAAUCUAGUAUACAAUUAUGUGUAACCCCCCAACACACAAACACCACCUUAAUAGUCUCACAUAUUCAUUAUACAUACACAUAGCUUUUAAAAAUAUUGAGAGCGGGGCUUAGCGACGGAUGAAAAUGGCUGCUUAAUUUCUCUCUGCUCAACUGCCUCAUGUUUUUAAGUGAAAAUAUACCCACUUUUAAGAUGCAAAUGACGAAAAUUCAUCAAGCGGCAGAUUCUAAAAUGGGGUCUAAUCCCUCUUCCCUCUGGCAAUACCUCUCCACUCAGCUGGAACUGGCGUCUCAACCCAUGUCAGAGGAGGCUCGGGACAGACCGAGGUACAUCACCCUAAACCUCUCCCUGGCGGAAUGAUCCCCUACCUCCGCGGACCAAGAUUGGCUACUGGUCUUGAGGGCCCUGGGUACACCUGCUGUUAUAACUGCUGACAAGCUUUGAUCUGAGCUGACAUCCAGGCCCUGAGAGACCAGGUAGAGGCUGUAUGUGACCAGCUACAGGGGGCUCAUGCCCAGUCCAGUAAUACCAUGCAGAAGCAGGCAGAUUACCUGAGGGGCUUAGCCAUCCACACUAAAGACUGGGACAACCUGGGAGGCACAACAACCUCUGGCUACAGGGCCUUACAGGGAAUGAGGACAACUCUGCACAAUUGUGCUCUACCUUGGACAAAAUCUUCAAUGGUCUGCUGGGCAGGGAUAAGCCUACCCCAAUUGCCUUAUUUUGGACCCACCAUACCUUAGAUUUGAGGGGACCCCGGAAUGCGCUGCCACAAGAUGUGGUGUGUUUGGAGGUAUUUGCAGAGCGGGAACCCAUAUUACUGACUGCCAGGAAUGUUAGCAUGCUCCAAUAUAUAGUUGCAAUUGUUACCGGACUUAUCCCCACCACACUGCACUCACUCACAUUAAGGGCUGUUUACAGCUAAAGGGAGAUGAUACAGGUGGAUUUUACCAAAAGGGCUGUUGGUAACUAGGAUUAACCCGCUCUGGUUUGAAUGCGUGAAGACUUUGUACAUUUGGGGCAGUGAUGUCCCUGCCUCCAUUGAAUAUUUAAUGGCCAGACCCAGGGGAUUUUUAUCUGCUGGAUACUGGGAGACCUGCGGCCGUGCCUCGAAAAGACUGGAGGGCCAGCCAGACAACCACCAGAGCUGGCGGAAUGCCAGCAUGAUCUCCUCGCUCUCCUUAUGGGCUCAGUAUUUUUAGCACUGAUCAUCUGAAGAAUUUUCUCUUUUGAAAGCUUGAUCCUAGAAGUGACCGAAACUGACACAGUUAAGUUUCCUAUGCUUUCCUAGAUGCUAUAUCCCCCUCAUACCAUGUGCCCUCUCUUCUUCGCUCCCUCCACCUCUAUUACCCCGCCUCCUUCUCCUCUCACCCCCUCUCUGCUUUCUCUCUCCCCUCCUCCUCUCACCCUCUUUCUCUCCCCCUCCUCCUCUCACCGUCUUUCUCUCCCCUCCUUUUGGGGGGAGAUAUUAACAUUGCACUCAAUCCACAGGUAGACCCCUUGGCAGGCACACCUGUAGUCCUUGAACACAUCCUCCAGAUGAUCAUGAAUCUCCUCCAUACACAUCAUUUGUCUGAUUGUUGGCAGGUCAUGCGUCAUGAUGGCAGAGAUUAGUCACACUACUCCAUACCUCAUGCCAGUUAUUCCAGACUGGAUUAUUUUCUUGUUCCUUAUUCCCUCCAUGCAGUUCAAUUUAGGUACAAGGACUCAGACUGACCAUGCCCCACUGACAAUGAGCUUGACAUCCUCCUUUUUAGACCCCAAACCACAAAUUGGUGAUUCAACAAGACCCUCCUCUCUGACCCACUCAUUUUACAAGAUGCAAAUUGUACUUUGACACAUUACUUUACCAAUUUCAUGACAUCUGACACCCCCGUGGUGUGGGAGGCUCAUCAGUGUACCAUUAGGGUUUUUAUCACUGCCAUGGGGGCUGCAAUGAAAAAAAAAGAGUAGAGAGACCGAAAUCCAUAAGCUCACUCACAAAAUUCACAUGUUAUAGUCAACCCGUAAAAUCGAAUCAGACAUUGGUCCCCUUUCAAAAACUCGCUGCACACUUCUUCACAAUUAACUACACACUAAGGCUUAUAUUUUUGUGACAAACGUAGCAGAUUGCUUGCUCACAUUAUCAAUAAAAAGUACUAAAUAGGAGACAAAACCCUGGAUGUCCGGGGAAUCCAGGUAGAACAUACAGUGCAUUAGGUGGUUACUUAUGCAGACAAUUUGAUAUUUUUCAUUUCCUCACCUGAGUCUACAAUCCCUAACAUAAUGGAAGAGUUUGGUCAAUACCGAGAGCUCUCUAAUUUCAAAAAAUAACUAUUCUAAAUCCAACAUGCUGAAUAUUACAUUGCCAACUAAGAACUAAUAUGCUACAUCAGAACUUUCAAUUCCAAUGGUUGGUAAGGGCAAUCAAAUACUUGGUGAUUUGGCUAACAAAAGAUAUCUCCCAGCUGUAUCACACUUACUGUACACCCAUGCUGACUACUUUCCAGAAGGACUUGCAGGAGUGGAUACUGCCUCCUAUAGCCUGGUUAGGGUGCAUGUCUAUACAGACUGAAAUACGAACAAUUGAUACGGUUUAUGAGCCACAUACACCAAAAACCUGACUUGUAUUGAGCACUUAACCUUUUUGAGCUUCUGUGUAAUGACCCAAAUCCACAACUUAGUGCCAUUUUUUAUCUAUACUCCUUGCUACAACAAAACACUAAUUUCCCAUCUACCCAUUUAUGUGUAAAUGUGAGAAGGCAAUUGGGGAUACUUUUACAGAUCUGUGAUUUGGUACACAACUGUGCAUUGACCAGUAAAACUCAGGAAAUCGCUCAUAAAGUUUUGACACUCUGGUACUGAACACCACAACUUGGUGUUGUCAUGCCGCUACUAAUACAUUUUUACACAUUUGCUGGGAAUGCCCUAGGAACACACCAUUUUGGGAGGCCAUUUGUGCCAUCUUGAAGAGGUUUUCUUACAACCGUCCCACCUUUUAGCCCACCCCUUUUCUCUUGCAUCAUGCUGUUUUGGAUCAAAUUCAAAUGUUUGAUUAUUUUGUCUAUCUACUCCUCCAAGUUUGAAUUGCAUGCAUGCUCCUAUUAGUAAUUCACACCGGAGACACGAGUAUCUGGGUAAUGAAAAACCUGAGGAAUGGUUUAUUCCAAGGGGUGGGAUCCCGUUUUAAAGCAGAAAUACGUCAUGUACGGAGUCACAGUUAACAUAAAGUAUACAUUCAAGAAUUGGUUAACAGUCUAAGGGGUUUUGUCUAAACCCACCCUACUGGGCGUGACCCCAGCAUCAUCACAUGACUUUUCUUUGUAUCCCAGUCCCAUUCCAACCCCAUUUUACUACACGUGGCAUGUGUCUAGAGAGAGCCUUUACUUGAACAAAGGAAGCGGGGAGGGGUUAGGAGGGAAGCAGCUCCAUCUUGGUUACACGAUGGUAGGGGGAGCAGGAUGAGAGGGGUUAGUGUAGGAACAGUUACAAACACACAAGGGGGAGGGGGAAGGGAAGACAGUUACUGUUUCAGCCAGUUUAACACAGUGAAUACAGAUACACAGAAUAAAUAGACAUUAGUAAAUAGACAUUUUAUCCAUUCAAGUAUUUUGUUCAUAACAAUACCACCACAUCAGUGGCUAGAUAAAAUAAAUCCCUCACUAUACACUGUAAAACGAGUAUUUCCAUAUUUAUUGAAAAUAGGACACACUUCAGCUCAGAGACUUACCCAAUCACAUGUAGAUACAUGGACACAUUGGUUGACAGUUGCCUAUCAAUCAGAUUUUCAAAGACUUUUGACAUAUGGACAUCUCAGGCUUUAUUGGCUUGGGAUGGAGUCUUGAGUCACCGGUUGAGAAUGCAUACCUGAUAUUUCAGAGGCAUGGACCUUCUUGGUUUUGUUGCACAUUACCUUCUCAGGUAGGGACUGUUGCCAUAUAUAUAAGCUCCGAUCCAGUACCAACACUUUACUUAGUCUACCUCAAUACAAAAAGAAAACGGCCCGAUCCUCCUUCUCCUACAGAGCACCGCAAUUGUGGAACGACCUCCCGCACAAUUUAUUCCUUAAAGAGAUCCCUCUCUACAUACCUCAAAACAGAAUGCACCUGUCAUGGUUGAUUAUAUAUUUCCUACCUGUUCUAUGUUACAUUUUGUAUUUAUUGUGUAUUAAUAUUGUUUUUGUAUUUUAUUGUACCCUAAUGUAACAAUGCAAUGAUUUGUGGACCCAGGACAUACUUGAAAACGAGAGAAAUCUCAAUGUAGCUUUCCUGGUAAAAUAUUUUAUAAAUAAAUAAAUAUUAUACUGGAUCAUAUAAGUGAAAUGGGUCUUGCUGGGAAGGGCAUGAAACUGGCAUGGGCUGAAAAUAUGGUUCCUUUUGUAUUGGCUUUCAUCACUAUCCUGGAAACAAAACUUUAAUUUAAAAAAAAAAAAAAAAAAAUACUUUAGCAUCAUAAUUGGAUGUAAGUGUAUUUUAUAUAUCUGUUCAGUUGUAUAUGGGGAUAUAUGAAUCUAUUUAUUGUAGCUUGGUAGUUAAUCAUUGUCAGGUUUCAUCACCUACACUAUGAUUUAAUGAUAAUGUGAGAUAAAAGAAGAAUUUGUAGACUAGUAAUACUGUUAUAAAGUAAAUCAUUGUAAUGAACAUUCACUGAAUGUAGGUUAAAUGAAGUUCAGGUACCAGAAGUAAGAACUAACUCCCCAGAAUUGAAUAAUUCUGGAAUAAUUUAGACACACUAUUUUCAGUGAUGCUGCUAAUAAAAUUAGUGCAAUUCAGGCCUGUGUCAAAACCUCCUCCCAGUGUUGUUACUGUUAGACACCGUUUGUGUGUAUUUAUUAUAUAUUUUUCUCCUUUUGAGUUCUAUUUUUCAUUUUUCAGGUUUGUUAAAUAUAUCAGAUGAAAGUCUGGAAGGUAUGUAAAGCUUACUAUAUUAUAUUUUAUAUAAAGUAUUGCUCAUCUAUAACAAAAACCUGUAAAAAAAAAAAAGUUAACUUGACAUGCUUACUAUAUACCCAACAUGAGAUUUAAAGCACCUAUUGCUAGAUUUCCUUAACAUUAGGAAGAUUUCAAAGCAACCUUGGGGUUAUUAAACUAUUAAAUGAAAUGAGCAAAUUCUGUGAUAAUCAUUUGAGGUUAUUCAGACCCAGAAUUGGAUCUCUCCAAAAUUAUCUACUUAUCUAAACUGACCACUAAUGUCCCCUGAAAUAGUCCUGAAUGUGUAAAUUAUUAAAAUUAUGCAAAUAAUUAAAAAAAGUUAGAGAUACUAUAUUAUUGCCACAAGAUGUAUACCCAAAUAUGCAGGUACUGGGAAUCCCUACAGGAGAGGCAGAGAUAGAUGUAUUAGAGAAAGAAAGUUGGAAUGCUAGCCAAGGUUAUGAAUACAGAUAAGCAGAUGUACUAGCAAAGUCAGUGUUACAGAUAAUCGGAAAUCACAGAACAAGCCAGGUCAUGGUCACAGAGGUACUCAAAAUUCCAAUAAACUAGCCAAGGUCAAAACCAAUAAACUCACAGAAAAGGAAUGCACUAAACACAAAUUAAGUUAGAAACCAUGGUAGGGCACAGAACUAGGGACAAAACUGGAAUUAAUAGGUUCUGAUUGGUCCACAUCACCCCAGAUGACUCCAGAAAGUGUGGAAAUUAGGUCACCCGGGUGAUGCAACCAAUUCAUAACCAGAAGUGAUGUUGCUUCAAUCAACUGGCAUUUAAGGAUGUGCCCUUAGAGUGGGCAGUAUCCGAAUUUCUAGACUGAAGACGAUCACACGUUUGACCUUACCAUUGCUCACACAGUCAGUCAAAUGUAGAGUUAUGGGUGAGCACUUACUCUGAGUUUACAAUAAUGAGUUAUGAGCACACACAGUUACAAGCAGCCACAUACAGUCACAGGCAGAAAGUCAUAAACAUUUACACACACACACACACACACACACAGAUACAGGCAGACAGCUCGCACGCCCUUAAGGCCAGCCUUGACAGGAGCCAACUGGGCAAGUCUUUAGCAGCCAAAUCCAAAUCAGCAAUCAGAAGUAGUUCCAAGGUCAAGUCAAAGCUCAUACAUAGCAAAUUCAGAUCAGCAGAGAGUGACAAAAGAUAAAAGGAAAUGUUUGCAAUGAGGGCACAGGUUAGUUAUUGACAAUAACUCAGUGUUUAAGUUAAGGUUUUACAAAUCGUUUAACUCUUCCAAUGGUGCAAGGGAAUUGUGUCAACGCUCUUCAUCCAUUGGAUGGACAACAUGGCAGCCAGUGCAUGUAAAGCUGAGAUUAGUGAUGGUGCUUCCAGUCACUGCUGCACACUCCAUGUUUCCAUUGAAACUGUGUUUGAGUUAUACAUUGGCAGGAUUUCAAAGUGAAUUUCAAAUUUAAGGCCAAAGUAUCUGAACUGGUAGCAAAGCUGACAUAGAGAACAUUUCCAGUUCGGUUAUUUUGAAGCAUCUGCCAUUUCCUGGAAGGAUUAUACCACCAAUGGAAAGCUGCACUGUACAUGGGCAUUUGCACAUUUCUUAAUCACACUUCCUAAUGCAGACUUUAAAUUGAAGGAUCUGGUGUUUCGAAAGUGUCACGGGUCGCAGGUUCUGUUCGUGUCCCUUGGUCGCCGCUUCUCUAAUCCUCCACUGGUCCUGGGAUUCAGCUACAGCAUACAGUGAUUAUAGCCUUCUGGAACCUUGCAAAAUUCCCCAAUAUAGUGGACAAGACCAGUCGUAUUGGGUAAAACAAGAGUACUGUUUUUAAUGGGACAUGAUACAGCCAAGUUAUACACAGACCCCCAGCACGGGUCUCCAUACAAUUACACACAAACUCCUCCCCUAUGCCUGGGUGAUAGGUACAAAAAAAAAAAAAAAGGGUCAAUCUGACUGAAUGGGAGGUCAGAGCCCACAACCGAAAUUCCUCUUCGAAGCAGGGACCCCAACAGAGCUACUCUGUAAGGUGCGAGAAGUCACACACACACACACACGGCCUGGAAGUCUGGUUUCAGUAUACACUAACUCAUUUGCCAUAUGUCUUGAUUCCCUCAAAAAGAGUCCUUUGAUAUGAACAAGCCUUUGGUUCCAAUAGCACAUCCAAAAGGGACAUCAAUACCCACCCGCAGAUCAAUACUCAAGCUUCACCUUUAUCACAUUUAGAAUGGGACAAGCACAAUCUUCCAAUCCUAAACAUGAUAACUUAAUUUCCUGCUGGACUACAUGACACAGAGCACAAUAGCUUUUACAUAAUACAAUUAACACAAUAGCUUUCAUCCAGCUCAACAUUUUACAUAAUAACUCAACAUUAACACAAUGUAACCCCAUAUCCUAUAUAUGAUUUUAAAGUCUGUGACCAGGCCCAAAGUCUGUGGGCAGGAGGCUAGCUGUUAUGCCUCUCCAGCAGGCUGUGACACGGGAGCUUCUGUCACUGAAAGAAUUUUAUGUUAUUGUACUAUUGGAGUAUUGUACUCCAUGCAAGAACACUUAAUUAGUAUCUUAUUAACCCUUUUUUUAUUGGACUAACAGAAUUUGGGAAAGACAAGCUUUCAGGAGAUCCUCACUCUCAGGGUCUUACCUGGGUUGGGAGUCUGUAGCGCAGAUAUGUUGCUCACCCUUGCAGAUAGCUACAGGCCAAGGUGGUCAGGUAAGAAUUCACCCGGCCUGUGGGUCUGUGCACGGGGGCUGUGCAGGAUGAAGUACCAAGUCGCAGGACAGGCAAGGACUCAAACAGCAGGAUCGUCAAAGGAUAGCCGAGGUCAAAGGAUGCCAGAAGACAGGAACAACGAGGAGUAGCCGAAGUCAAGGGAUGCCAGAGGUCAGAGUAAAUGUAGUCAGAAGCCGGGGUCAAUAACAAGUAGCAGCUCAAACAACAGGAACACUGGUACAAAGCACACAACAGGAUCAAAGACUUGAUGCUGAUCACAGGGCGAGGCUGAGUUUAAAUACCCUGCUAAUGUCUGAUCAGGGUCAGGUGAAGCACAUCCAAAGUCAAGGUACAGCCCCCAGAGUAACAGACAUGCCAGGAUGAACAGGACCAGAAUGACAUGUGGAAUACAAAAGCUGCUGUGGCUCAGAGGAAGGAAUCAGGACUGCGAAGUUCCCUGGUUCAAGUCCCUUGUUGGGAACUCCAUGGGUGACCACGUCUGGCCGUCUGUUUGCUGCGGCGAGAACCGUGACAGUACCCCCCCCUUCAAGAACACCCUCCGGGUGUGAUUUGGUUGCUCAUCAUUACCUUCCAGAUCAGAAGUAUCUUUUUCCUCUGAGAGAUCAAAUACAUCAUCUGGCAGGAGGUACGUUCUUCCAUAGGCAUCCAUGCCAUACGUACGGCCUUCUUCCAGAUUAGAGGGAAACACAGCACCUACUGUAGCCUUUGCUCUAGUAGUUCUCACAGGGGAGGUAUUCGCAGCUUUCAAUGCUUUUUCAAAUAUUUCUAGAUCCUGUUUGCAUACAACUGUGCCAUUUGAGGCAUACGUGCAGUCAGGUGGCAGAACUUUUUUGGCAAGUCAGGAAGUGGUAAUGGUGCUUGCUUGAGCAGAAGUGUCAUCAGGAAGAGGUCUAGAUGUUUCUGGAGCAGGAGGUGGAGAUUCCACAGGGGUACUGGUUGCAGGUUCUUGAGGGACACUGGUAACAUUGACUGUAGUAGUUUGGGUACCCUUUUGUGUCACAAGACGGGGACACGGCUGGCAUGCAGUGUACACAGGGUGGAGGAAAGUAGUACCCAGUCGGAGAGCUGGAGGUCUAGGAGGACGAACAGGGCAAAGUGUGAUGAAAUGCCCUCUUUCUCCACAGUAGUAACAUAGGCCAUGGCUUCUCCUUCGGUCUCUUUCCUCAGGUGUCACUUUGCAGUGAACAAGUCCUGAUUGCAUAGGUUCCUCAGGGUCGAGUGGAAAACAGGAUACCUCAGUUUUCAUAGGAACAGGAUCAUAAGGAGACAUCACUGGGGUGUAGUGGUGGUACUGGGUUUCUUGGUUACGAAGAAUCUGAGAUUUUUUGGUACGUGGAGCUGGCUUGGUCACAGUGGUCUUGCAUUGUGAGUCCAUAGCGGUACUGAAGGAUUCCCAGCUGACAAGGACAGGACUCUUUGUCUGCAACAUUUGGUGAGCCCAUACUUUGAUGCAUCCAGACAACAGGUUGAUAGCCGCUCGGACCUUGAUGAAAUCUGUGGCAUAUGUUCGAGGCUUUAAAGAAAACAACACCUCACAAUCCAUCUUAAAGGACUGAAAGGAUGUGCGGCUACCAUCAAAACGGUCGGGCAUGAUGACAAACGGUUCAGGAUAAGCUGGUUCCGGGGCUGGACGUACUGCGCCUUUAAGAAAUAAAAUUUCUUGCUGCAACUCCAAAACAGUCUGGGCCAGGCUGGACACUGGUUGGGACAGGGAUGAGCACAUCUCUGCGGACUGCAUAUUGAUCAAGUCUUUUGACAGGGUCUUACCUGGGUUGGGAGUCUGUAGCGCAGAUAUGUUGCUCACCCUUGCAGAUAGCCACAGGCCAAGGUGGUCAGGUAAGAAUUCACCCGGCCUGUGGGUCUGUGCACGGGGGCUGUGCAGGAUGAAGUACCAAGUCGCAGGACAGGCAAGGACUCAAACAGCAGGAUCGUCAAAGGAUAGCCGAGGUCAAAGGAUGCCAGAAGACAGGAACAACGAGGAGUAGCCGAAGUCAAGGGAUGCCAGAGGUCAGAGUAAAUGUAGUCAGAAGCCGGGGUCAAUAACAAGUAGCAGCUCAAACAACAGGAACACUGGUACAAAGCACACAACAGGAUCAAAGACUUGAUGCUGAUCACAGGGCGAGGCUGAGUUUAAAUACCCUGCUAAUGUCUGAUCAGGGUCAGAUGAAGCACAUCCAAAGUCAAGGUACAGCCCCCAGAGUAAUAGACAUGCCAGGAUGAACAGGACCAGAAUGACAUGUAGAAUACAAAAGCUGCUGUGGCUCAGAGGAAGGAAGCAGGAUAAGGACUGCGAAGUUCCCUGGUUCAAGUCCCUUGUUGGGAACUCCAUGGGUGACCAUGUCUGGCUGUCUGUUUGCUGCAGCGAGAACCGUGACACUCACUUUCUCAAGUGUAAAACAUUUUUGAAGCAAAACAACCCAUAGAACUUAAAGCUGGGCUGUGAUGAAUGAGUUAAAGCGACACCAGAGCAGAUAACACCCCGGUAUGAUUACACAGGUAUAAUUAGAGUAAAAGGAAAGAAAAGAAAGAAAAUAGACAUCAUUCUAACAGAGUCCUAGAGAUUCUGUAAAAACUGAGCAGUUGUCACGGUAGUUUACCCCAACACGCAAGAUUUAGUCCAACAAUUGACAAUAUAGAGCAGAUAGGUCUUACCGGACCUUAGAAUGGCCGGACUCGCUGUAGAGCAGAGAAAGACAGAGUCAGGAACGAGCCGAGGUCAAGGGUACAAAGAGACCGCCAAAAAAAUUACUAGCCAAGGUCUGGUACACAGUAAUCAGUAAGCCGGCAAACAAGACAAAACAGGGAUAAAGAGAUAAACGGAGUCAGAAUCAAAGCUAAGGUCAAGCACGAAAAAAAUCACAACUGAACACAACAAGCGCUAAAGGGAACUGAAACAGAAACCACGAUAGGGCAGGGGGUUAAGGGAGAGGUAAGUAUAAAUACCCUAGCCUUUAUUUGAUUGGCCCCUGUCAUAUCCACACCCCCAAAAUGUGAGUGUAUGGGGAAUGUGGGAUGACAGGGGCCAAUGGGAGACCGUUGUACAUUUUGGCUCCACUGUCCCUUUAAGAGCGUGCCCGAGACGCGCAGCACGCUCUUAGAGCUAGGCGGAACACGUGAGUGCAUCUCGCAGUCAGUGCCCGCCUUCAUCUGAGCGAGCCGCGCACAACGGUAGUAGAGGACCUUGGCCGGACCCCGGAUAAGGUAAGUACCGUUACAGCAGUGAGAAGGAAAGAAAAGGAGGAAUAUAAAAAAAAAUAAUAAUAAUUUUUACCAUCUUUUCCAAUGUACUUCCUGUUUCCCUUACAUCCUGUGUCAGAUGCUUUUUGAUUCUUCCCUUCCAUUUUUAGGCCUCCCAAUCGUCCCAAUUUCAUCAGGACAGUCCUGACUUAAAUCCCUGGUGUCCUGCUUUUGGGGAUACCAGGAAACUGUCCCCAGCAAGCAUACACGAGAGCAUUAUUAGAUGUGCUCAUGUUAUUGUAAAGCGCUACAGAAUCUGUUGGCAUAUAUAAAUGGAGAUGAUAAUAAUGUUAUGACCAGGACACUAGGACCUUGCUGGGAGUAAUGAAACAGUGUUCCAAGCAGGGUUUUUCCAUCAGUGGGAAGAGCUAGUCCAGGUCAUUUCCAGAUAAGCAGUCAAAAAGUAUACUUCACAAACGUAAUAACCAUUUUGUGUCUAUUAGCUAAGAAUCAAUCAAUCAAUCCAAUUUGCGGUCUUGGUACAGUUAAAGGUGAUUGGAAGAGAAAUAAGGCAUUUAAUGCAAGCCAGGAUGUUGUUCAGGUUUUCAGUCCAAAUGGGGAGAUUGGGAAUAAGGAGAUGAGAUACGAGGAAAUAAAAAAAUCGGUUAUUUCCACGUAUUCUGAAGAAACAUGGGCAAAGGUAGGUUCGGCAUGAUGGAGGGGAUGCUAAUGGGGAGAAGAUUAGAUUAACAGUCUCAACAAUCGAGCACUGAACCAUGGUACAAGCAGUGUUUAUAUAGAAAAAACAAACAAACAGAUACACAUUUUUUACCGUGAUAACACUGAUUACUAACGUGUGCUGAUUAUCUUCUGGGCUCUGUGACAUAUCCAUACACCAUGCACAUCACUGUGGAAUUCAUAUAUCAAACCGUGGUUUAUGGGGAAUUUAAAACUGAAUUGAAAAUUCUAGGCUAAAAUAGUCAUGUUGGAAAGCCAGCUAAAUUUGUAUCUUUUUCCAUUGCAGUAAUUUUGGCCAAUGUUUUUUUAGCCUUAUUUGCGGUUCCUCCGUUUUGUGUUUAUUGCAUAAACCUUUUGUGAGUUUUAUAAGUUCAGCAAUACAUUAAUUCAAGCCGCACUUCUAAAACAAUUGCCCCUCAUCCUUGCCUCAUAAAGUCUACCCAAGUCAGUUGUCUUCUCUUCCCUCACCAUAUAAUUUCUUUCAUCCUUCCGUCCUUCCAUUCCCAUUUCUCGUGUCUCAUUCAUUCUCUCCCAAGAAGCCACUUGCCCCAUCUCUCCAUCCGCCUCCUGGUCACUUGUGCACAUCUUUCCUAAUAUUCCCCGAUGUCAGCUGCUUCAACCAGUCAUUUCUCUGAUCCUAUUUAACCCGCCCUAUCCAGCUUUUGCGUCCUCUAUAUUUUAAUUUUCCAAUCCGACAUGCAUAACAUGGCAACAAAAGUAUUAUAAGCCAAGCUGAUCUCAAUGAUUUAUGUAUUAUACAUUACAAUUAAUAUAACACUCUCAUUCACAGUUGUCAGAAAAAAAUACAUGGAUAAUAUAAAGAAUAAAUACCAACAGUUUGAAGACAGAAAUGCCCGUUUGGGAGAAGCUGUUCUUUUAAACAGAAGAUAUACAAGACUACGGAUGAUAAAAAAGCACCGUGAUCAAGAGGAGAGAGCGCAUGAAUUAAUAUAUUAUGGUAGAAAACAUCUAGACCUAAUGGACAAAUCUUUAGAGGAAUAUUCUCCAACCACUAUGGAAGCUCUGUUUGAUCCUGGUGAAGAUGGAAUCACUCCUGCGACUGUGGUGCUACAAGGACCGGCUGGGAUUGGAAAAACUAUGACUGUUCAAAAGAUCAUGCUUGACUGGGCCUUUGGAAAUCUAUAUCAGGACAGAUUUAAUUUUAUCUUUUAUAUCAGUUGUAGGGAGAUCAAUCACUUCACAGAUAAUAUAAGCAUUGGUACUUAUAUAGCCAGGAGCAACAGAUUACAAUGCCAACAUAAUCUGAUUAAAUCUAUUUUUGAAGAUGCUGAAAAAAUCCUUUUUAUAAUUGAUGGUUUUGAUGAAUUGGAUUUCCUCCUUGGGAAUGAAGCAGAGAUUAACAUAGAUACAUUCCAAGAGACUCCCAAAGAAAUUCUUCUAAAUUCUUUAUUCAGAAAACAGAUUUUUGAAAAGUCUUCACUGAUUAUCACCACAAGACCAUAUACCCUAGAGAAACUAAGGGAGAUUAUUAGAUUGUCCCGUUAUGUAGAAAUUAUGGGAUUUACUGGUGAAAACCGGGAAAAAUAUUUCUCCAAUUUCUUUGAAAGUAAACAACAAGCAGAUAAAGCUCUGAGUUUAGUGAAACAAAAUGACACUCUGUUUACAUUGUGUACUGUCCCUAUUACAUGCUGGAUUGUAUGCACUGUUCUUAAACAACAAAUUAAAAAGGAUUUCAGUUUGAUUAAUAAUAACACCACCACCUCUAUUUACGUGCUUUAUCUAAAGAGUUUGAUAAAGUACCAUGGUAGAAGCUCCAAUCAAUGUAUAAGCUCCUAUAUAAAGAAAUUUGGUGCUUUAGCCAAGGAAGGAGUAUGGAAUCAGAAAAUCAUUUUUGAGGAAGAAGACCUAGAAAGGCAUGCAGUUACUGUGUCAGACAUUGCAUCUCUCUUCCUGAAUGAGAACAUCUUUCAAAGGGACAUUGAGAGUCAAACCUGUUACAGCUUUGUACAUCUGAGUGUACAGGAGUUCUUUGCUGCUCUGUAUUAUAUACUGAGCGAGGAGACAGAAAGUUGGGAUGUCUCGCAGUUUACUACUUCACAAGGAGAAGUCAGGCCACACUUCACAUUAACUGUACGAUUCUUGUUUGGACUUGCCAAUGAAAAACUAAAAGCAGCGAUCGGUGAAAUCACUCAGUGUAAAGUAUAUCCUGCAUUUAAAUCUGUCUUGGAAGAACUGGUAACAAAAUAUAAAGUGAAACAUUAUCAUAAUGAAAUACUGAACUGUUUGUAUGAGACUCAGGAUGAAGACUUUGUUAGAAGAAUGAUGUCUCAAAUAGUAGACCUGAGGAUUGAGGAGAUGGAAGAGAAUUCAAUACACCAAUGUCUGUCUUACUGUUUGAUGAAAACCAAAUGUGUUCACAGCCUUUCUAUGGAGAAAUGUUCACUUAAUCCUGAGACACUAAGAGCAUUAGCUCCAGGACUUCACAACUGUUCAUCAAUUGAGUAAGUAUUUUAAACAAUUGGGGACAUGAUUUGUGAUGAUCAUUAAGGUUAGGGGGUGAGUAGUGUGAUAAUGGCAGGUACAGUAAGGAUAUAGCAAGUUGUGAUUGGAAUUAUCCAACAAAAGAAACCACAAUUAGACACAGAAAUAGAAUGACAAGCCCCACUAGCGUAGCACAGUGUAAUAGUGUAGAGCUGUCAGGAUUACAAGUUGAUCCAGCACGCAGUACUGUGCCACACCUAGGACUAAGGAUAACGUAUAACCGGACCUUAGAAUGGCCGGACUUAACGUCUCUAAUAAUAGUCAAAAUACUAGCCGAGGUCAGGAACACAGAAUCAGACACAAAGAUGAGGGAAAGCCAGAAGUCAAGGAUACCAGAUAUCAGGGAAGCCAAAUACCAGAAAAUCAAGAUCAGGAACAGACUCUCAGAUAACCAUACACAUGACACAACAACAGGGCACUGAGCAAGAGGAGAACUGGGCCUAAAUACCCCUCCUGUGGAUCUGAUUGUCUGUAACCGGCCUUUGACCCCAAAGGCAAUUACCAGGUUUCCAUUUGCAAGAUUGCUGCUCAGCACAAACCCUCCUGUGGAUUUGAUUGCUGCUUGGCACGACUUUUCCUGUCAGGGCAGUAAAUGCCAUUAAUCACAUUUUUAUGUGCGGAUGAAUACGUAACAUUACCCCCCACCUGAAGAACGCCCACCGGGCUGGCAGGACCAGGUUUGAGAGGAAACUUGGGGUAAAAAGAACAAAUUUUACGGCCAGCAUGGAUAUCAGAAGCCAAAACCCAAGAAUGGUCAGCAGGCCAUUGCAUUGGGCAGUCUGCAAAAUUUCAUGUUACAAUGUGCUUUUGUUAAAUGCCGCUGGUAUAUUCCUAUUGUACAUAGCAUUCGUUUGAUUGUUCGGUAUUUUCAUUCUGUUCACCAUACGAAUAUAAACAACGAACCAUCCGACCACCCCAGAGAUAAGUGUGCCCCUCGUUUAGUAUUUCCUGUUCUGUAACUGCAGGCUAAUUGGUAAUUAAAUCGUUACUUUGUGUGUAUCUGGGUGGCCACUGUUCGGCAUACGAACAACGUGGCAGGGCCAUCUUGCAUACGAAUGCUCAGCGGUGUUUGGUCAUCGAGUGUCUGGAACUCAAAUCGGACAGUCGAAUACCUGAACACCGCGGAGACCACCAGAGCUCCAUAACUCACGAACUGAAUACCCAACCGGGUCCCCGUUCGGUGAAAUGAAUGUCCCGAACGAGGGGAUUAAUACGAACGCCAGCUCAGCUCUGAAUGGCAUAGAUUUGUAUGUGUUUUACCUCCCGAACAAAGGCCGACCGCAAGGCCAAAACUCAUGGAAGCGCGUUCGGCUACCACCUCGUGUGCGGUCGGUCAAAAUUGUCACUUCCACCUAAAUCCUGAACCCCUGGUCCGAUCUGGGUGAUUUUUGAAUAUGUUGAUCACCCAGAUCAGGGCUACCACUGCAUACCUAUAUCUGACGAAUUUGGGGUACAUCAGUGGGUGGCCACUGUUCGGCAUACGAACAACGUGGCAGGGCCAUCUUGCAUACGAAUGCUCAGCGGUGUUUGGUCAUCGAGUGUCUGGAACUCAAAUCGGACAGUCGAAUACCUGAACACCGCAGAGACCACCAGAGCUCCAUAACUCACGAACGGAAUACCCAACCGGGUCCCCGUUCGAUGAAAUGAAUGUCCCGAACGAGGGGAUUAAUACGAACGCCAGCUCAGCUCUGGAUGGCAUAGAUUUGUAUGUGUUUUACCUCCCGAACAAAGGCUGACCGCAAGGCCAAAACUCAUGGAACCGCGUUCGGCUACCACCUCGUGUGCGGUCGGUCAAAAUUGUCACUUCCACCUAAAUCCUGAACCCCUGGUCCGAUCUGGGUGAUUUUUGAAUAUGUUGAUCACCCAGAUCAGGGUUACCACUGCAUACCUAUGUGUUUUACCUCCCGAACAAAGGCCGACCGCAAGGCCAAAACUCAUGGAAGCGCGUUCGGCUACCACCUCGUGUGCGGUCGGUCAAAAUUGUCACUUCCACCUAAAUCCUGAACCCCUGGUCCGAUCUGGGUGAUUUUUGAAUAUGUUGAUCACCCAGAUCAGGGCUACCACUGCAUACCUAUAUCUGACGAAUUUGGGGUACAUCAGUGGGUGGCCACUGUUCGGCAUACGAACAACGUGGCAGGGCCAUCUUGCAUACGAAUGCUCAGCGGUGUUUGGUCAUCGAGUGUCUGGAACUCAAAUCGGACAGUCGAAUACCUGAACACCGCGGAGACCACCAGAGCUCCAUAACUCACGAACGGAAUACCCAACCGGACGAAUUUGGGGUACAUCUGGAAACGGGGUAAAACUGUGUAAGGGAUAAGUGGAUUAUGUGUCACACUGAGGGGAGGAGAUGUGUGGGAGGUGACGAGCAACUGAUUGGUUACUGUAAUAAUUAUUGUGGGUGUCUCCCUUGCAUGGGAGAAAUGCUUAAAAGAAGGUUGUGUGAAUUAAAAGUUCAGUUUUGCUCCUGAUGCUGUGUGUCAUCCAGUCAUUGGGAAACGUAAUGGAAUACUUUUGGAUUACUUUACUAAGCAUGGAUAUUAUUCUCUUGGAUUACCAGCGGAGAUAGUCUGUGAGAAACCAGCUCUCCGCUACAAUGCUCAUACCCCCUCCAAUAAACCAAAUACUGUAAAGAACCACAAGAAAACCUGGAAUCAAUGAUGGAGGAGACUUCAUACUCCUCCUGUCCAGAAACAAUCAAAGAAGGAGGUGGAACAAUAGGACUAGCGUACCGAUUGCAAACAAGCGGUUUGAGCAAGGACACAUGAAAAGUAUUAGGUAUACGGAAGGAUGCUGGAAGGGCCAGAGAAGAAACAGGGUUGAUUCUCCUAACCACACGAAGCAAAUGGGAACCUUCAACCUGAUGUUGCAUGAGAACCACUAAAUCCGAUCACCCACCUGGUAAACUGGAUUGGCACUCCGCCAUUUAUCCGCAUGAAACUUAAAGCGAGCAGCCGCAAUUUCAAGAGCGGAGUGAACCUUAGUCCAGGUAGCACGAAUAGAGGUAAGGUGAUCAUCCAGAGUAGGGAUAGCCGUAUCAGAGAACAGCAGGAUGACGACCCAUAUUGACAAAAAACAGACUAUGCCAAGAUGAGUCAUGGGUAGCGUUAUUCCUUGCAAAUUGCCCAGUUAGACUGUGUACUAUUCACGAAGCAACGUAAGUACAGCUCAAGUGAUUGGUUAGCUCUUUCAGUCGUACAAUUAGUUUGGGGAUGGUAGGCAGAGGAAAUUGACAAUUCAAUGCCCAACUGUUUAUUGAAUGCCCUCCAGAACCGUGACACAAAUUGGGAACCCCUGUCAGACACAAUAUUUUGAUGAAUACUAUGUAGCCUGACAAUAUCACGUAUAAAUAUGUGCACCAGGUCCUGAGACGAUGGCAAUUUUUUAAGGGGAGAGUAAAGUGUGCCAUUUUGGAAAAUGGGUCAACUACCAUGUGGAUGGUAGUAUACCCAUUUGUACUAGGCAGUUCAACAAUUAAAUUCAUCGAUAAAUGAGACCAUGGGUUACUGGGUAUAGGAAGUGGCUGUAACAACCACACGGAAGUUUAUGAGGAACCUUCGAAACUGCACAGACAGAGCAGGCUUCUACACAAUAUCCCUCCUGAGUGACUCCCACCAAAAUGACCUGGAAAUGGCAGAUACAGUUUUAUUAAUGCUCGGAUGCCCAGCGGUCACAUUGUCAUGGAAUACCUUCAGCACCUCUUUCCUGUCAGGCAAUUGAAUAAACAAUUUAUCUUGAGGUUUGUUGCAAGGUGCCUGAUAGCACAGAGCAAAGGGGACGAUAAAGAAAGGGCAGUGGAUGUCCGAUUAAACAUCAAAAUGCCUAGACAAGGCGUCAGCUUUAACGUUCUUAGAACCGGGUCUGUAGGUGACAAUAAAGUUAAAGCGAGACAAAAAUAAUGACCAUCUAGCUUGUCUAGAAGACAGUCGUUUGGCAUCCCCAAUAUAUGCCAGGUUCUUGUGAUCAGUAAUAAUCAAAAUGGGAUCCUUGGAACCCUCCAAAAGAUGUUGCCAUUCCUUAAGCGCUAAUAUGAUGGCUAACAGUUCUCUAUUACCAUGUCAUAGUUACGCCCGGCAGGAGACAACCUUCUGGAGAAGUAUCAACAUGGAUGCAAAGGGGCAUCCUGACACUCUGUCUUUGAGAAAGAACAGCCCCGACCCCUGUCUCGGAGGCGCUAACCUCAAGUAGGAAAGAUUUACUAGUGUCAGUAUGUCUUAAUAUGUCAGCAGAUGCGAACAUUUGUUUAAGAAGCUCAAAAGCUUCAUUAGGCCAUUUAGUACAAUUAGCCCUCUUGCGUGUCAUAUUGGUGAUGGGGGCUAUUACCGAAGGGAAACCUUUGAUGAAGCUCCAGUAAUAGUUAGAGAAACCAAUAAACUGUAUGGCUUUUAACCCACUGGGUAUUGGCCAUUGUAGAACGGCCUCUAAUUUGCUUGGAUCCAUUUGGAAACCAGAGGCAGAAAUGUUAUACCCCAAAAACUGAACCUCAUGUUGAUCAAAUACGCAUUUCUCAAGUUUACAAUAAAGGCCAUGUAAAACUUGUUUGACAUGAUCAUGAUGAGUUUGGAUGUUGGGGGAAUAAAUAAGGAUAUCAUCCAGGUAUACAAGCACAAAAGAGUAAAUAUAGUCUGAGUACAUCAUUAAUGAAGUCUUGAAAUACGGCUGGAGCAUUACAUAGCAAGAUAUUCGUAGUGCCCACUCCUAGUGUUAAAACGCUGUCUUCCCCAAUUCUCACCAAAUUGUACGCACUCCUAAGACCCUGGAGUCUCCUAUAAGGGGAAUGGGGUAGGCAUUUUUGAUAGUAAUCUUGUUUAAUGCCCUGUAGUCUAUACAAGGUCGUAAUUUUCCAUCUUUCUUAGCUACAAAAAAGAACCCUGCACCAGCAGGUGAGGAUGAUUUACGUAUAUGGCCUUUAUUUAAAGAUUCCUCGAUGUACUCAUCCAUGAUUUUACUUUCAUGUGGGGAGAGGGCAUAUACCACUCUUUUAGGAGGCAUAGCCCUGGGCAACAGAUCAAUGGAACAAUCAUAAGAUCUGUGUGAAGAAAGAGCAUUAGUCUAGGUUUUACUAAACGCCUCUCUAACCUCCCAAUACUGUAUGGGAAUUUCGGGAGUUGGAGACGUAGCAGCUGGUAAAGCAACGAUGCCCACUUUUUUAGAAAUGGGUAAUAUGCAGCUUUCCUGACAGUCUCUACCCCAUUCCAGUAUUUCCCCGCUAGUCCAGUCAAUAUGAGGGUUAUGCUUGAGAUCCAAGGGAACCCUAAUACAAUGGGACAAGAAUGGGAAGCGAUUAUCUGGAAAGUAAUGUCUUCCUUAUGCAAAGCCCCUAUCGUAAUGCAAACAGGCAAGGUCUCAUGGGUAAUAAGAGGUUGAGAUAGGGGUCUCUUAUCAAUAGCCUCACCCACUAGAGGUGAUGAUCUCUCCUUGACUGGUAUAUAGACAUACCCCGCUUUACAUACACUCACUUUAAAUACACUCGCGAGCACAGACAUUCCCACGCCUCUUCUAUCCGCGAGUGAACAGGAAAUGGAAGGUUCUAUUCUUGCCCUGAGCAGCUCAGUUCAGGGUCUUUGGGGCAAGAACUUUUCACACCUUCUGCCAUGGCACAGGUUAAUCAUCUCAAAUUUAUAAUGUCUACUCCUACCCGAACAUACACAUAUGUAUUUUUUUUUAUUUUUUUCCCCCCUGCCCCUACACUGUCCAUAUUCUGCAAUCAACGCCAUCUAGUGAAGGGGUUUACCCUGCCAUUUUCUAUAACUUAGCAGCAUUAGCCACAAUUCUGAUGAUUCAAAGUUAAUCCAUAAAUGCUUAAAGUGAUGAAGAGGUGUUUCUAAACAAAAAAAGUGUGCAACUAAGCUGCUAACAAAUACAAAUUGGCACUGUAUUGGCAGAAAAUGGAUCAGUGGGCAGGUUUAUUUAACUUUUCCUCCCAGUUUAAGGUUGUCAGAUGAGUAAACAAAGAUAAAUGGUGCAAUCUGGAAUGAGAUUUUUCUUUUUAACUGAAUAAAAGCCUACAGGAAAUCACUAAAUAAAAUCACUGGAAAUCUGCAGGUGCAGUAUCAGUUAUGCCUGUAAAUGACUAUUGCAAUGCAGCACAUGCAUUGGGAAGUGAAAAAAGGUAUUGCUUCACUUUAAGUACAUUUUUGUUUUACAUACAUGCUCUGGUCCCAUUGUGUACUUAAAAGUGGGGUAUGGCUGUAAUGUGUUUAACAAAAUACAAAUCAAUAAAGUUACCAGCCGCACCUGAAUUAACCAGGGCUUUGCUUGAAAAGUUCUCCUUGUUGCAAAAGGCAGAAAUGUUGAGGAUAAAUUUGCUUCGGGAAUUACUAGAGGAUGUAUCCAUUACACCCAAGACCUGUCCCCUUAAAGGUUCUUAGAUGCGGAAGUUUUCUGGACGUGUAGGACAAGCAUCUCUCAUAUGCCCUUUCUUGCCACAAUAUAAGCACAGACCCUCUUGUCCUAUACGGUUUCUCAGCCUCAGACAGUCCUGUAACCCCUAACUGCAUAGGUUCGGGUUCAGACAGCGAUUAAUCCGUUGUUAGUCCAGUCUACCUCAGAAGCCAAGGUACGAAAUUCUAUGGCAUAAUUCAAGAUAGACUAGUUCCCUUGUUUGAUACGCAUUAGGGCAGUGGAGGCGUCUUCCUCUCUGCCUAAUGGUUCAAACAUCAGUUUGAGUUCCGCCAGGAAUUCCUGGUAACAAUGAGUGAGUGAUACUCCUAUUACUUUCCCACCAUGGAUUAGCCCAGGUUGAGGACUUACCUUUAAGUUGGUUCAUACCUAAUCUUAGCUCUAGCUGAAGGAAAUGAGCCAGGUGGUAAUCAAUUUGAGAAAUUCCCUACAUUCCUGGAUAUUAUCAGAAAAAUAUGGGGAAGGAAAUAGGUGCCUUAUUGUCAGGGUUAGGAAGGGGUGCUGCCCUGAGACAGCAAUAUCUCUUUAAUUGCAGGAAUCCAAUAUGUAGAGAAAAAAAAAAAAAGACAAACACAAGGAAUAAGAACAAAUAAGUAUAUUAUGAAAUAAACAAAAAUGACACUAGAUAACCAAACUAUUUACAAUAAUACAAUGCAAAUACAAAAUAUAUAAUAGACCUAAGUCUAGCACGGGAGGUGCAGGCAGAGUAUCAAGUACAGUCUUGUAAAUUAAAUGGAGCACACUAGACAGGCACCAUGAGAGAAACAGGAUUCCGGUCCAGAGCCACAGCAUAUCCAUUUAGUGCCAAAAAGGAUGUAAGACCAAAAUCACAGGAUACCAGGCCAUAGGAUGUAAGGCCAGAGUCACAAAAUACAAGACCAGAGACACAGGACCAGAGGAUGCAGAUCAGAGUCACAGGAACAAUGAUCUGACCCGGAGGGAAGGGUGAGGCCAGAUUAUAAAAGUUGCCCAACAAGGACCAGCUUAAGUGUCCAAUGUUCCAAAAAGUAAAGAACAGCACCAAACAAGGAGAGUGGUGAGCAGUAGUACUGCAUAAAGGGAUAUCACCUAAGGAGUGAACCAGGAAACAUGACACAUACUAUAGGUGGAGGUACAUUAGGCAGUGGUGACAUAAUUGGAGUAGCCUCAGGUUGUAAAUGAGCCAUCCGAGUAAGGAGCGUGCUAAAAGCCUGGGCAAAUUGAUCCAUACGGUGAUCAUUCUCCUCUACCUUUCUUUCACAAGCUGCUAUGUGCUGACACAAUUCUGCAGGAUCUAUGGCCCUGUCGUAAUGUCAGGAUUACAAGUUGAUCCAGCACGCAGUACUUUGCCACACCUAGGACUAAGGAUAACGUACAACCGGACCUAAAAACAGCCGGACUUAACGUCUCCAAGAAUAGUCAAAAUACUAGCCGAAGUCAGGGACACAGAAUCAGACACAAAGAUGAGGGAAAUCCAAAAGUCAAGGAUACCAGACAUCAGGAAAGUCAAAUAUCAGAAAAUCAAGAUCAGGAACAGACUCUCAGAUAACCAUACACAUAAUUCAACAACAGGGCACUGAGCAAGAGGAGAACUGGGCCUAAAUACCCCUCCUGUGGAUCUGAUUGGCUGUAACCGGCCUUUAACCCCCAAAAGCAAUUACCAGGUUUCCAUUUGCAUGAUUGCUGCUCAGCACAAACCCUCCUGUGUAUUUGAUUGCUGCUCAGCACAACUUUUCCUGUCAGGGUAGUAAAUGCCAUUAACCACAUUUUUAUGUGUAGAUGAAUACGUGACAAGAGCACAGAUAGUACAGAUGCUUUUCGUGUCCUUAUAAAAGAGCAAUCGUCUGAAAUAUCUGUACUAUCUGUGCUGUUCACUGUUACACUGGACUAAACUAGGGGACGUCAUCACUCUAUCUUCUGUCUAUUUGUGGUUUAUGUUGUUGGAAUUUGCUUUCCCCAAACAGAGGAAGUGUUGGUAAUUCGUAAUUAUUUACUGAAAGGAAUAUAACUGCAGAGGAACACAGCCUUAGAAUAUAAAAUAUAUACUUUAUAAUCAUUAAAAAAAAAAAAAAAAACUAGGAUGCAUGUAAUGCAAGCAUAAACAUCAUCCAAUCUUAUACCCAGAAUACAUCAGAAAUUCCAUCUCAUUCAAUUGUAAUCAUUUCAUCAGCCAGAGAAAAUGCAGUGUUUACAUUACAGCCUAGUGAUAACUUCACUGGCCACUCCUCAGAUGGCUGUUAGAGAUCCUUCCUGGGUCAUGGCUGCCUAAAAUUCAUCCAAACAUUCAGUGUCUCCUCCCUCUGCAUGCAGACACUGAACAUUCCUCAUAGAGAUUCAUUGAUUCAAUUCAUCUCUAUGAGGAUAUGCUGAUUGGCCAGGGCUGUGUUUGAAUCAUACUGGCUCUGCCCCGAUCUGCCUCCUUGUCAGUCUCAGCCAAUCCUAUGGGGAAGCACUGUGAUUGGAUCAGGCCACCACUUCUGAUGAUGUCAGCACACUGCUUGUUUUUCUGAGUCUAACAGCAUGCAGAGUUACAGCUUUAAGCUUGAAUACAGUAAGAUGUUUACUAUAUUUAUGGAGGCAUGAGCUGUCAUUCAUUAAAUUGGUUAAAUGCUUAUUCUAAACACCAUAAUUACAUUGCAUCAUUAAAAGUAUUGGCGCAGAAAGCACUUAGCACCCGUCUCCCUUCCUAAUGUGACUUAUAACUGCAGUCAUUUUAUUUCUCUUUCUUCUCGAAAGUUCAUAAAGUAUAUUCGAGAAUUGAUUAUUUUAUCACUGACUUAAAUAAUUUACGAUACUUCAAAAAAAAAAAAAAUAGAUCUAAUCACUUGGUCUGACCAUGCUCCAAUAACUGUUGAAAUAGGGAAAGAGCAAGAAUCUCUAACCAGAUUUACAUGGAGAUAAAACGAACAAGUACUUAAAUCAGGAGGAAAUUGUAGAUAUCUAAAUGAACAGAUCAAGGAGUUCAUAUUAUUAAAUGAUAAUGGAGAAGUAUCGAUAGGUACCCUGUGGUGUGGCUUAAAGAGCUACGUAAGAGGGGUUAUAAUUAAAAUGCUAAGAAGGAGUAGAGGAAACCAUUAAAAGAUCUGUAUAUUUCUCUGGCUAAACUGGAAAGAGAAAACAAACAAACGUAACACUAGAUAAAACAGAUCAAAUCAGAAAUAUUCACUCAGAAAUUAAAAAUAAACUGGAGGGCCGGAGCCUGGAUGCCGAGCUCACAAGACAUGCAUGGCGUGAGCUCCACAAACCAGGUCCAAUACUUGACGAUUAACCUGGGCCACUUGCUUAACAUUGCCUAGCAAAUCACAACCUCGCAAGACCCAUUUGAGAGAUUACUCUAUAACAUGGAUUUUCCAUGAUACAGUGACAUCACACCAGAGCCAAGCGGAGGGACGAAGUAGAGACCAGCGGGAGGUGAGCGGAGCCCCUCUGCGAGUUCCCCCCCGUCAAGCAACUGGAAUUGCUCGAUUAAGCCCACUUGGGCAAAAGACCACCGGGGCAACGUACCCCCGCAUCUGCCACGUAGGCUGCAGAACCACCGCCACUGGUGACGAUGCGCCACAAAGAGCCUCUGCUGUCCCUUGAAGGGAGAGACUUGGCCUCGUGUAGGAGAGUCCGAGACUGUGGCCACAUGAUGCCGGUUUUACACACAGCCCAGGGCCGGAGGGCUUCCACGUUCGACCUUGAAAAGACCCCAAACAGCCUCCACGCACCCCCAAACCGGGGAAUAGGCUGACGGUGAACUCUCUGGACAGGGCCACCUAUAUCCUGCCACUGCAAUGUCUACUAAAAGAAUUGUGUUAAUGCCUUCCCUCUACUCUUGUUAUGCAUUUUAUUUUAUGUGAAAUCUAGUUCUCUCGUGGGCAAUGCAGAAAUAUUCUAGGGGUGUGGCAUCAGAGGUUACUCUCACCCAUCACCUUUGCGCAGUUUAGCAUGUUUCCCAAAUUACUCAUGUAUCCAUAGCAGGCAACCGAUGGCACAGCUAUUACCCACGUCAGGGCUACUUACUCACCUCUAAAGCCAGAGUGGUAAGGAUGGCACCGGCAUGCCAUGCCUUCUAAAUAUCCCUGAUUCCACUGAGUGGCAGCAAGUGGAUACCUAUGCCUGAUAUGCUUCCUAGUAUAAAUAGUGAAAGGUUAUCGCGGAAUCAUUCCCUUCGGUAUUCCUGGCUUUGGAUGCUGAAAAAGGCCUUCAACAAGGUUAGUUGGUCCUGCCUGUCAGAGGCCUUAAAAGCUUUUGGGUUCGAGGGCCGCAUUUUUGAUAGAAUUAUGAGCCUAUGCACCAGUUAUGGCGAACCGGUGGCCCUCUCUGUGGGCACGCGGCCAUAGGUUCACCAUCAAUGCAGAGUAGGCACCUGCCCAAAAUGGCUGGUGCCUACUCUGCUUCCGUGUCGGGAGGCAGGUGGAGGGGUCUAGGAAGCAGCUCUCCUGUCCUCCCGCGAGCAAUCUGUGUGGAGCAUUGCCGCGCGUUACCAUGGCAACGCUCCACACAGCAUAGCGCAGGCAGGAGGGAGGACAGGAGAGCUGCUCCCUAGUGUACUUACCACUAAUGGACCACCAGGGAGGGUUAUGUCCCCCCUCCUUCAUCAAAGGUAAGAAGGAGGGAGGAAGGGGGGGGAUACAGGCUUAAUAUACCUUUUUUUUUACCUCCACCUCCCCCCACACAGUACCCCUACCCUCCCACACACACAGCACCCCUACCCCCCACCCACAGCACCCCUACCCCCUCACACACAGCACCCCUACCCCCCCACACACACAACACCCCUACCCCCACACACACACAGCACCCCUACUCCCCACACACUGGACCCCUACCCCCACACACAGCACCCCAACCCCCUACACACAGCACCCCUACCCCCCCACACACAGUACCCCUACCCCCCACACACACAGUACCCCUACCCCACACACACACAGCUCAGUGUGUGUGUGUACUCAGCAGCCUGUGUGUGUGUAUUCAGCAGUCUGUGUAUAGCAGACUGUGUGUGUGUGUAUGUGUAUUCAGCAGUCUGUGUGUAUGUAUAUUCAGCAGUCUAUGUGUAUGUAUUCAGCAGUCUGUGUAUUCAGUGGACUGUGUGUGUGUAUUCAGCAGUCUGUGUGUAUGUAUUCAGCAGUCUGUGUGUAUGUAUUCAGCAGUCUGUGUGUAUUCAGUGGACUGUGUGUGUGUAUUCAGUGGACUGUGUUUGUGUAUUCAGCAGACUGUGUGUGUAUGUAUUCAGCAGACUGCGUGUACUCAGCAGUCUGUGUGUGUGUAUUCAGCAGUCUGUGUAUGUGUACAGCAGACUGUGUGUGUAUGUGUAUUAAGCAGACUGUGUGUAUGUGUAUUCAGCAGUCUGCGUGUAUGUGUAUUCAGCACUCUGUCUGUAUGUGUAUUCAGCAGUAUGUGUGUAUGUAUUCAGCAGUCUGUGUGUACUCAGCAGUGUGUGUAUUCAGUAGUCUGUGUGUAUGUGUAUUCAGCAGUCUGUGUGUGUGUACAGCAGACUGUAUGUGUGUAUGUGUAUUCAGCAGACUAUGUGUAUGUGUAUUCAGCAGUCUGUGUGUAUGUGUAUUCAUCAGACUGUGUGUAUGUGUGUUCAGCUGUAUGUGUGUAUGUGUAUUCAGCAGUCUGUGUGUAUGUAUUCAGCAGUCUGUAUGUACUCAGCAGUGUGUGUAUUCAGUGGACUGUGUGUGUGUAUUCAGCAGACUGUAUGUGUAUUCAGCAGUCUGUGUGUGUAUGUAUUGCAUUUUUUGGAGAUACUUAUAAAUAUAAGCUUAAUUUUAUCCAUUAUUUAAAAUUUGUAUCAAUGAACUCUCUGUUCUCUGUGUUCUUUUAAAACAAAAGUUGUUAAUUAGUUCGGACAACUGUACGAGUUAUUUUUUCUAAACUUCAACCUCAGUAUUCAGGUUUAAUUGCCAUGUUGAGGAAAAAAAAGGUUGUCAUGUAUUGCGGUUUGGGCACUCGGGUUCAAAAAGGUUCGCCAUCACUGCUAUACACCAUAUCCUCCGCGAAGGUACAGGGAGGGGGGGGGUGGGGGUUGAAUCUGGUAUAUUUAAAUCUAGAAAUGGGACAAGAGAGGGCUGCACCCUGGCCCCUAGGUUAUACAUUCUCUCUAUCGAACCCCUUACACUAAUCAGACACACAAAGGAGAUAGAGGGAAUAUUAACUAAUCUGAAUGUGGGAAUAAUUAAUCUUUAAUCAGGACAGUUAUCAUGUGCAAGAUCAACAUUUGGUUAUAUUCAUCUUUUAGUUACUGUAUUGAAAUCUUGUGUGAGAAAUACUGUAUAUUUUUAGUUGCAAUAUUAAAGUGUUUAACCUGUGAGAAUUGUAGCCAGAAGUGAGUGAGCUAACUCAGUGUGAUUCAGACUGACAGACUCUAGGAAUUGUAUGACUUUAAACUGUGCUGCUGUACUCUGUGCUCUGUGGCUCUGUGUUAAAGACUUUCUAGCUGAACUCUGAAAGUUUCCUGUAGUUUUGUUAAAAAUGCAUCUAUGUUGGAUAUAACUGUUAAAUAAUGUCUAGAGGAAUUAUUUGUAAAUUUGCAUGUAACUCCUUUAAAAGUUAAUUUAACUCAUGUUGCUUUUAAGAGAUCUUUAAUUGUGACAUAACUGUUGCCAUAUCGUAUGCUUAUUGUUUUACCUAAAUAUUCACUGAUACUGUCGCGCAUGUUACAUAUUAUUAUUUGUCACAAUAAAAUCUAUUUUUAUAAUUGGUUGUGAUUAAUGUGUGAAAUACAAAUCUUCUAAUAACGUACUGCAGGGUCUAUAAGAGUUAAAAUAGUGGUUAACUCUUCACUUUUAAUAAUUCAAGGGGAAACUGUGCAAAUAUAUAAAUGUUUGAUAUAAUAAAAAUGAUUAAAUUACUUUUUGAUAAUUUUUAUAUUUAAAAAAUAUAUAUUUAUUACCCCAUAAAUAUUCUCACAGCACCCACACUUAUUAUAUAUCAUUUUGUUAAGAAGAAAAAGGGAAUCAAACAUUUAUCUUUGAAACAGUAUUUUAUAUGAAUAAAACCUAAAGAAUAAAAAAAUCUGAAAAAGUGUGAGUAUUCUGCAUGGCAUUUUAACCAAGAGUCUCAUAAUACUGUUUGCUUUUACUGCAAUAAAAUACAUUUGUAUAUAAGGUGUUACCCUCUUGUAUUGCAACCCAUGAAUAUAAACUAACCUCAUUAUGGCAUACUAUUUGCAAAAGUAGACAAACUAGAGUAUUCAGAAUUAGGUAUGUCCAGUCUUUUCGAGUAGCCUUAGUCACAAACCCUGACCAAAGUUGGCGUUCAUGUUUGGUUUUUGCAUUUUUCACAAAAAAAAAACCCUUUUCUUCACUUAUACCAUCAGCAUUAUACAUUUUACUGCUCUAAAACAUUCAUAUUUGUGUUCAGUACUCACCAUGUCCAGGUUUUAUGGUGUUUUGGAAAGUUACAGGGCCAAAUUUAAGGCUUCCCUAUUUCAGUUUUUACACAUUGCAAUUUCCCAGAUUGCUUAUGUUGCCUUUGAGACCGUAUGGCAGGCCAGGAAUGAGAAAUACCCUCAUUAUGGCAUACCAUCUGCAAAAGUAGACAACCCAAGGUAUUCAAAAUGGGUUAUGUCCAGUCUUUUUUUUUUAGUAGUGUCACAAACACUUGCCAAGGUUAGCAUUUAUAUAUAUUUUUUUGCAUUUUUGACACACAAACUGCACUUUCACUGAUAAUAUUGUCAUGAUACAUUUUAAUGUAACACUCAUAUUUGUGUUCAUAGGAGUCUCCCGAGUACAACAGUACCCCCAUGUACAGAUUUUAUGGAGUUUUGGAAAGUCACAGGGUCAAUAUAAGGCAUGUUAAUUUCAGUUUGUCAGAUUGGUUUGUAGGGCCUAUGUUGCCUUUGAGACCAUAUACACUGAACAAAAUUAUAAAUGCAACACUUUUGUUUUUGCCCCCAUUUUUUAUGAGCUGAACUAAAAGUUCUAAGACUUUUUCUAUGUACACAAAAGGCCUAUUUCUCUCAAAUAUUGUUUACAAAUCUGUCUAAAUCUGUGGCAGUGAGCACUUCUCCUUUGCCGAGAUAAUCCAUCCACCUCACAGGUGUGGCAUAUCAAGAUGCUGAUUAGACAACAUGAUUAUUAUAAUUAAAGUUUCUAAUUCACAGGUAUAUUCUUAAAUUCUCAGGACGUCUUGGGUCAAGUUCUCAUCAGCAUAUAUGAAAGAGAAAAAAAAAACAUACAGAGGGGACCAAUGGUGCAGUAACGUAAAGGAGUAUGGCUACAGACAACACUGAGAUUAAGAAAUGCCAACUCACAUUUGUGGGAGCUAUAACCAGCUCGAGUAAAACAGCAUACAGUGGUAUUUAAACUUCCCACAUGUAGGAAAUUCCUCUCACGAGAUUUUCAGUGCAGGUUAUAUGAAAUAAAAACACAAGAGAAGGCCCAUAGUGCUCUCUAUAUUAAAAAAGUGCUGGAUAAAAUAAGAGAUGUACUUACAAUUUACAGAGCAGACAAACCGCUCUGUGUAAAGCGCCUGGGUGGUACGAUCCCCACCAUGGAUUCUUUGGAUGGUAUAAAAGCUUCAGAUGUUUAGGAUAUGCCAGGUAAAAAAAUAAGGAUAAAUAUAAACGUAUUUAAAAUAGUCAGAAAAAAUACUUUUAUUUAGAUUAAACCACAACGCGUUUCGCCACAAAAGGCUUCUUCAAGUGUACAAGUGUACACUUUUUUAACACUUUUUUUCCUAGAAUGCUGCCCUCCAAUCACAGCCCUGCACUAAACUAGCACGCGCUACUAAACCUGACUAUUUUCCUGAUAAAACUAACAGAACCUAAGCCCCACCCCCCCACAGCUACAUGUCACAUGGGGCUAAUGGCCCGCUCUAUCACAUUGUACAUUCAUAUACCGUCUCACACACACAUGCAGGGAGGAAUUCCAAAUGGAAUCUGUGGUAGCAGUUGGGGUGGGGUGGGGUAACAUGCUUAGCUUGGCCUAGGGCAGCAUAAAGGUUAAAUACAUCACUGCAUAUAAUUCAUUACCAAUGGGUGUUUUUUUGUAUGACUUUUACAGAGCGCAUGUUAUUAUUUAUAAUGCACCAACAUAAUGUACUGCGCGGGAUAAGGCAAUUCCAGCAAGACAAGUUUGACUUAGAAAAUAGAAAAUGGCAAGUAAUGGAUCAGAUCCCAUUAUCUGUUGUGUUUCUCUCAUCUCUCUGCAGGUUGCGGUGCUGUGAUCUGACCUCAUCCGGCUGUGAGGAUCUUUGCUCUGUUAUUAUCACAAGCCGAUCUCUGACCAAAUUGGAUCUGAGAGGAACUAACCUGCAGGAUUCAGGAUUGAAGAGUCUGUGUGAGGGUCUCAUGGACGCAGACUGUACCCUGCAGGAAAUGCGGUGAGAACUGAACUAUUAAUUAUAUAAUAAUCCUCUCAGAUCAGGAGACCUUAGAGGAUUUAAAAGCUGGGAUAAAGCUUUGGGAACCAUUUAGCUCCCUCCUCAUGCUCUAAUCUGUGGGGAAAACACUAAGUGAGCGAGAGAGAAAGAAAGAAAGAGGUUAACACAGUAAAGGAGUUUAAGCAUGCGUGGGAGAGGCAUAAGGCUAUCCUAACUAUAAGAUAAGGCCAGGGACUAAUGAAAGUAUUUAGAAAAUUGGGCAGACUAGAUGGGCCGAAUGGUUCUCAUCUGCCGUCACAUUCUAUGUUUCCAUGUUUCUAUGUAAAGCAUUUAGUGACUGACAACAAAUACUAACAACCUUUCUCUUUGGAUAUUUUUUACUGUUUAUAGGGUUAAAUGUGUACCUGGCACAGGGUAAUGACAAGUAACGGAUCAAGUCACAUUAUCUGUUGUGUUUCUCCUAUCUCUCUACAGAUUGAAGCGCUGUGGUCUGACCUCAUCCUGCUGUGAGGUUCUUCGCUCUGUUAUUAUCACAAACCGAUCUCUGAUUAAACUGGAUCUGUCAGAUAACCUGCGGGACUCGGGAUUAAAACAUUUGUGUGAGGAUCUCAGGCACCCAGACUGUACCCUGCAGGAGCUGGAGUAAGAACUGUGCUAGUAAUUAUAUAAUAAUCCUCUCAGGUCAGAACAUGGAGAGUUUAACAGCUGGGAUAAAGCUUUGGGAACCAUUAACUCACUCCUCAUGCUCUAAUCUGAGUGGAAAACACUGAGAUAAAAAUAAACUGUUUGCCAAUAUUUUCAUGCAAAGUAAGUAUUGUGCUUCGGGAAAAUCUUCAUUUCUGGCACUUGUGAAUCCAAAUGACAAGUAACUGGCCUCAUGUGUUUUUUUGUUUGAGAAGAAGAUUGGGUAGCAUUGUAUGGUUUUCUUUUUUUCUUUGACUUGUCACUAGUCUCUGCUAUUUGAGGAACAGUAGAUUCAACUAUUUUCGACCUGUUUUCUUGAUUUCUUGUUAUACCUUCUUUCUCAGAACAGAAAGGGAUAGGGAUACAGGACAUCAAAAAUCCCUAUGAAGGCUAGAGCAACCCAGCAAGUAAUAGUUAAAACAUAACUUUUAAUUGGAUCAUUAAAAAAUCAAAUGAUGAUUUUAAAAUAUAAACACAAUAUAGAAAGUUCCAAAAUGUAAGCUAUAGUAAUCAUAUAUUCUUGGAUACAAUUCUAUGAAUUUAUACUCGUUUUAAAUAACGAAAUUUCUAAUAACAAUGUAUCCAUAUCCAAAAUACAAUGUACUGACAUGAUCCCCUUAAGCAUGUGUACACUAAUCCUCAAGGCACACUCCUGGGAGUAAUUACAGAAAAGGGUAAAACAAGGGUAUGCCCUGGAAGAGCCAGUUAAUGGCGAAACACGCGUCGGGACGGUUCUGUGUUGGUGCACUAUAGAUAUGGGAUGAUUUUAGUAUUAUAUACUGACCUCAGAGACAGGCAACACUUUUAUUUUUAUUUUGUUUGUUAUUUUUUUCCUAUCGAGAUUGUGAUGGUAUCUCAUCUUUUGUUUUAUACUUCCUACAAUUAUCCUACAAUUGCUAUCUUUUGGCAAGGGGUGGGGUAUGGUGUAGCCCUCUAUAUUUAGAUUAAGCUUAACGUAUACACAGCUGGUGGGAGGUAGACAUUUUUUAAGGGGUGCCCUCGAAGACACGUCAAUGUAGCCCAUUCUAAGUAGCCUUAGGGUUACUUCUUUUUUUUUUUGGUUUCCUUUUUUCCCUUCUUUUUUCUAUACACCCCCUUGUUUUACCCAUUUCUGUGAUUACUCCCAGGAGUGUGCCUUGAGGAUUAGUGCGCACACUCCUCAGGGGGUCAUGUCAUUACAUUGUGUUUUGGAUAUGGAUACAUUGCAAUUAGAAAUUUUCCUACUUAAACGAAUGUAAAUUCAUAGAAUUGUAUCCAAGAAUAUAUGAUUGCAAUAGCUUACAUUUUGGAACUUUCUUUAUUGUGUUUAUAUUUUAUCUUAUACUAGAUUGUUUAAAAUCAUAAUUUGAUUUUUAUAAUGAUCCAAUUAAUUGUUAUUUUGAUUUUUAAUGACCCAACACUCGCCCUUAAAGUUAGUUUUUAUUUAAUCUUCUUUCUCAGUUUCUAUAAUUGCUGAACAGCUAGAAGUAGUACUCAUUCUCUAUGAAUAGUCCCAUGCUUUAACCAACUGUCCAAUUCCAUGAUUGUUUAUUGGUAAAAAAACAAAACACUUGGAAAAAUGCAGAUUUCAUUACCUGACUGCAAAGGAUUCUGAUUUUUAUUAAGGUCUUAGAAAGAAAACCCUUAAGCAGGAUUUGGAGUUAAUCUCGGAGCAAAAGUUUGAGCACUUUGAAACAGAUCUCAGUAACUCACUGUGACGGCCUGCUAAAGUAUCACCGCCAUGCAUAUCCUUUUCUCAUAAUAAUAGUACGCCAGUAAUCCACAGGUUCCAAUAUCGCUGGUGUCGCAUAAUAACCCACACAUGAGCCAAGGCUUAAUGCUGGGACAAGUCUGGUUUGGAAAAAUCUGGAUAAUACUAAACUCAAUUAUCUUCAGGUCAGAAAAAGUUACACUUUUUACAACACCCGAAACUACCCCCAAAAUACAUGGGAACAUGGGACAAGUCACAUUGGUAGCCUGGAUCUGGGGGAACAAUAUAUCUAAAAAUCAGCCAGAUCCGUUCGGUAGUUCACGAAUGGCACCGCAGGGAGAGUUGACCGGUCUGCCACGAUGUUGAAGCCCAGAAAUAGUUCCAUAAAAAAUGUAGCAAGAGCUCUCCGUUCAUGUGAUUUUGCACAAAAACCACAGAAGAUAAAGUCAAGCUGGUUCGUGAAGAAUGCUCCCUGUGUUCAGUAUUCUGGAACUCCCGAACGCCGUUCAUCUAAGUGAAUGGGAAGAGAAACGUAGAGGAGAUCCGUAAAGACAGGUGUUCGUGCAAGUGCCUUUGACAAAAGUAGUUCCAGGCACUCGAUGACCAAGUCCCGCAGGCAGCGUUCGGGAGACAAGAUGGCCCCCAUCCAUUGUUCCAACCACAUGUAUUCGUAUGCACGAAAUGGCGGCCACCCAGGAGCAUUUGAUUAAUAUGCAGUUUUCAUGGAAGAUACACAAUGUUCUACAUUCUAAUUAGUCUCUGGGGUGGUCUCGGUUCAGAAACCGAACAAAAUGAUGAACAAAACUGGGACAGGAUAAUAAAAUGAACGUAAAUUGCCGAACAGUGAUGGGGCAUUCCUUCACACUCAAUGUAAAGGAUGCUGUGAUUUAUAGAGCUCUUAGAAAGAACUUAACUGAAGCAGGAUUUUGAGUCAGUCUUGGAACAAAAAGAUUUGAACACUUUGAAAUAGUUAUGCAAUAAGUUUAACAAAGAAAAAAAAAUGGAUGAGAAGCCCAACCCAAGUAAAGUUUUUCAGUUAACAGUUUUCAGCUCCUAACAGGGUCUUUCAAUGUCCCUACCUAACAGAGCCUUUCAAUGUCCCUGACAGAGAAUUUCAAUGUCCCUACCUUGCAGACUUUUUCAAUGCCCCUAACAGAGUCUUUCAAUUUCCCUACCUUACAGAGCCUUUCAAUGUCCCUAACAGAGCUUGCACUUUCAGGUCCACUCUCUAUCACUCUCUACCACGAGUGAUAGAAAAUGGCUGACAGUAGGGCAGGCUGACCGCAGGGCGAGCUUAAGAUCGCGCUCCCAUGAUCCAUUAAUAAGAUUGUGGUUGCGCAAUCUUUGCUGUUUCUUACCUUCCGGGAAUAGCAGGUAGUCGCAGCCAUCUUGUUUGUGGGGAAUCAAAAGAAACGCCAAUUUUGUUCUCAGGGAACCCAAGGUUCCGAGGAACACGAAUUGGGAAACGCUGGGUUAAAUAUUUACCUGGCACAAGGGUAAUGGCAAGUAAUGGAUCAGGUCAUAUUAUCUGUUGUGUUUCUCUCAUCUCUCUGCAGAUUGUUUGGCUGUGGUCUGACCUCAUCCUGCUGUGAGGAUCUAUGCUCUGUUGUUAUCACAAACCGAUCUCUGACCAAACUGGAUCUGUCAGGGAAUAAACUGCAGGACUCUGGAGUUAAGUGUCUGUGUGAGGGUCUCAGGCACCCAGACUGUACCCUGCAGGAGCUGUGGUAAGAACUGUAACAAGUCAAUGUAAUGUUUUAUACCUGUCACAUACAAAUCCCACAUAUGUCACACGCAAUGUGAUUUUAUCUAUCUGUCUCACUGUCAAAACCAUGUAUUUUACAUAUUUCAAUAUUAAAGAAUUUAAAAAAAAGAAUCCUCUCAGGUCAGGACAUUGAGAGGGUUUAACAGCUGGGAUAAAGCUUUCGGUACCAUUUUUUAUUGCAUCUCUCCUCUUGCUCUUAUCUUGGGGGAAAACACUAACUGAGAGAGAAAUAAAACAUUUAGUGACUGACAAAAUUACUAACAACCUCUCCCUUUGGAUAUUCUUUACUGUUUAUAUGGUUAAAAAAUAGGAAAUGGCAAGUAAUGGAUCAGAUCCCAUUAUCUGUUGUGUUUCUCUCAUUUCUCUACAGGUUGCAGUGCUGUGGUCUGACCUCAUCCGGCUGUGAGGAUCUACGCUCUGUUAUUAUCACAAACCGAUCUCUGACAAAACUGCAUCUGAGAGGGAAUUACCUGCAGGACUCAGGAUUAAAACUUCUGUGUGAGGGUCUCAGGCACCCAGACUGUACCCUGCAGGAGCUGCGGUGAGACCUGUAAAUGUUAUUAUAUAAUAAUCCUCUCAGAUCAAUAUUUGGAGGGUUUAUCAGUUGAAAUAAAACUUUGGAACCAUUUAACUCCCUCCCUCCUCAUGCUCUAAUCUUCAGGGGGUUGGGGGGAGAAAGGGGGUAUAGGGCAUUUAGUGUCUGACAACAAAUACUAAAGACCUUUUACUAUGGAUAUUAUUUACUGUUUAUAUAGUUAAACAUUUACCUAGCACAGGGGUAAUAGCAAGUAAUGGAUCAGGUCACAUUAUCUGUUUUGUUUCUCUCAUCUCUCUGCAGGUUGUUAGGCUGUGGUCUGACCUCAUCAUGCUGUGAGGAUCUACACUCUGUUAUUAUCAAAAACCGAUCUCUGACUAAACUGUGUCUGUCAGAUAACCUUCAGGACUCAGGAUUAAAGUGUCUAUGUGAGGGUCUCAGGCACCCAGACUGUACCCUGCAGGAGCUGCUGUGAGAACUGUACUAUUAAUUAUAUAAUAAUCCUCUCAGGUCAGGACAUGGAGGGUUUAACAGCUGGGAUAAAUCUUUGGGAACCAUUAACUCAUUCCUCAUGCUCUAAUCCGAGUGGGAAACUUUAACAGGGAGAAAAAAAAGCAUUUAGUGACUGACAACAUAUACAGUUGAUACUCGAAAAAUUAGAAUAUCGUGCAAACGUUCAUUUAUUUCAGUAAUGCAACGUAAAAGGGGAAACUAAUAUAUGAGAUAGACGCAUUACAUGCAAAGCAAGAUAGUUCAAGCUGUGAUUUAUCAUAAGUGCGAUGAUUAUGGCUUACAGCUCAUGAAAACCCCAAAUCCACAAUCUCAGUAAAUUAGAAUAUUACAUGCAGUCAAUAAAACAAAGAGUGAACAAUAUCGGACCACUGAAAAGUAUAAGCAUGCAUAUGGACUUAGUACUUGGUAUGGGCCCUUUUGCAGCAAUUACUGCCUCAAUGUGGCGUGGCAUGGAAGCUAUCAGCCUGUGGCACUGCUGAGCUGUUAUGGAAGACCAGGAUGCUUCAAUAGCGGCCUUCAGCUCUUCUGCAUUGUUCUGUCUCAUGUCUCUCAUCUUUCUCUUAUCAAUACCCCAUAGAUUCUCUGUGGGGUUCAGGUCAGGCGAGUUUGCUGGCCAAUCAAGCACAGUAAUCCCAUGGUCAUUGAACCUGGCUUUGGUGCUUUUGGCAGUGUGGGCAGGUGCCAAGUCCUGCUGGAAAAUUAAGUCAGCAUCCCCAUAAAGCUCGUCUGCGGAAGGAAGUAUGAAGUGCUCCAAAAUAUCCUGGUAGACGGCUGCAUUGACCCUGGACUUAAUGAAGCACAGUGGACCAACACCAGCAGAUGACAUGGCUCCCCAAAUCAACACAGACUGUGGAAACUUCACACUGGGCUUCAAGCAUCUUGCAGUGUGUGCCUCUCGAUUCUUCCUCCAGACUCUGGGUCCUUGGUUUCCAGAUGAGAUGCAAAAGUUGCUCUCAUCAGAAAAGAGGACUUUGGACCACUGAGCAACAGACCAGGUCUGUUUUUCUUUAGCCCAGGUAAGACGCUUCUGACGUUGUUUGUUGUUCAGGAGCGGCUUGACAAGAGGAAUAAGACAUCUGAAGCCCAUGUUCAGGAUACGUCUGUGUGUGGUGGCUCUUGAUGAACUGACUCCAGCCUUAGUCCACUCCUUGUGAAAGUUCCCAACACAUUUGAAUGGCCUUUUCCUGACAAUCCUCCCAAGGCUGUGGUCAUCCCUGCUGCUUGUGCACCUUUUUCUUCCACACUUUUCCCUUCCACAUAACUUUCUAUUAAUGUGCUUUGAUACCGCACUUUAGGAACAUCCAAUUUCCUUUGCAAUUACCUUUUGAGGCUUUUCCUCCUUAUGGAGGGUGUCAAUUAUGGUUUUCUGCAUGACUGCCAGGUCAGCAGUCUUCCCCAUGAUUGUGAUUCCUACUGAACCAGACUGAGAGACCAUUUAAAGGCUCAGAAACCCUUUCCAGGUGUUAUGGCUUACUUAGCUGAUUAGAGUGGGACACUGUGAGCCUAGAAUAUUGCACCUUUUCAUAAUAUUCUAAUUUACUGAGAUUGUGGAUUUGGGGUUUUCAUGAGCUGUAAGCCAUAAUCAUCGCACUUAUGACAAGUCACGGCUUGAACUAUGUUGCUUUGCAUUUAAUGCGUCUAUCUCAUAUAUUAGUUUCCCCUUUUACGUUGCAUUACUGAAAUAAAUGAACUUUUGCACGAUAUUCAAAUUAUUCGAGUAUCACGUGUACUAACAACUUUUCCUUAUGAAUAUUCUUUACUGUUUAUAGUGUUAAAAAUUUACAUGUCACAUGGGUAAUGGCAAGUAAUGGAUUAGGACACAUUAUCUGUUGUGUUUCUCUCAUUUCUCUGCAGGUUGUUAGGCUGUGGUCUGACCUCAUCCUGCUGUGAGGAUCUACGCUCUGUUAUUAUCAAAAACCGAUCUCUGACCAAACUGGAUCUGUCAGGGAAUACCCUGCAGGACUCAGGAUUAAAGCUUCUGUGUGAGGGUCUCAGGUACCCAGACUGUACCCUGCAGGAGCUGCGGUGAGAACUGUACUAUUAAUGAUAAAAUAAUUCUCUCAGAUCGGGACAUAUGUGAAGGCGGAGCCUGUAGUUGUGGGAGGGGUUAACCGGCCUAUUUAAACUCAGACCUACCUCUAAAUCAGGGCCAGGUCGCUUCUGACGUCACUCACGUCACUUCCAGUUCCGGUCCAGCAGAGUAAGUACUCCUAUCACGAUCAGGCAGCAACCUCCCCACGACUGCAGUGUCUCCCUACCCUACAUCAUCUCAGCCAGCCCUGGGACCGGGCCCCCCACCGAAGCAUUCACUUCCGGUCACGUGACACUCCUGUCAAGCGACAAUCUGCCGACCUCGUACCCCAUAGUUGCCGGUCUCGCGGGGGGGGGGGAGCUGGAAGGUCGGCAAGUUUCACCAGCACCCCCCCCCCAGGUCACCCUACCGGGCCCCCCCCGACACCUCCGGUCAUAACACUUCCGCGGUCACGUGACACUCUGCCGGCCUCGUACCCCAUAGUUCUCGCGCUGGUCUCCCGGGGGAGGGGGGGGGAGCUGGAAGGUUGCAAAGUUCACCAGCACCCCCCCCGGUCACAUAACGGAGGAAGGGAAGAAUAAACAAAGGGAAGAGAAAAGAAAUUAAAUAAAUAAAUAAAUAAUAAUAAAAAAAAAAUAACAGUAUUGCAGUUCAGGGCAGGGAAGUUACACCAGUAUAACACCUGCCACCCCCCCUCCCCCCAAAUUUUCAGCAAUUAUGACGCCUCCAGCCACCCCCCCCCCUCCUUCCAUCCGCCACGAUCAAAACGUGCUAGGGGUCUGGCAAAGCACUACCACGAGUGCCGACGGCCAGACCCUCAUCCACACGAAUCACACACACGGAAGUGCAAUCUGCUCACAGUUAAAUCCCUGGGGUUUCCUAUAAAUAAUACUACAAGCUAAGUAGUAUAUUUCUUAUUUCAUGCACGUUACGCUUUUCCCACCCUGACAAAUCUACCUUCAAUCACGUUUCUACCACGUGUCAAUCUCAAAUCAUAAAAAAAAAUUAAAAAAAAUUAAAUUCUAUUCACAUACCUGUUUUGUCUAGGCUACCUUUUGCAUACUGGACACAACAAUCUUGGGAUUCCACGCUACCAGUAAUACAUAGGUAAGUAAGCAACAUGGUCUUGUCGGUCCAACAUCUAUAUCUCGGUCACACACUCAUUUUAAUUUCACUUAGGCUCUAAGGGACAACGCAUAGUCCUCCCUUAAUAUCCACCGGACAAGCUACGCAGAUCGAGCCAAAUCUGGCAACCCACAUGCCAUAUCAGUUCGCAAGACGCUAAUUCUUCGCCAUAGAUCAACGCUAUCGUGAGAAAACUCGCUUACCAAAGUAAGUAUCUCGUUUUCCGCCUUUUUCCCCUUUUAUAGUCACCCUGUCAGACACGCACCUGACAGGACAACAGGUCACAAGGUCCACACUACGGCCUCAAUUCGAUCACGAUUCCUAAACCACCUCCUCUCUCAGUGGACAAGGCCAUCGAACUCGCCUUUCAAGCACAACACCCCCAAAACAGGGUCAUAGUUCACUCUACGUCACACGUCCUUGCGCUAAAAAAAAAAUAAAAAAUUGGUCCUCACAUCUAGACCACUUCGCUCACCGACUUCACGGGCAAACUCUCCAUAUUCACGUACGAGCACGUCAGUCACCCCUCCUCCCCCGUUACAAGGCAGUUCACUCCCUACAUAAAGAGAUAAAUGAUUCCUAUAAUAAUAUUCACCCUAGUCGAACCAUCAUCCUCUAAUUGAUGUAGUUAUAUAGAAUGUCACACGCUUCGGACAUAGCCGAGGAUGUCUCCCUACCCAGCACCCCAGCCAGGGUCGCUAGCCCUACCAGACCUUGUACUCCAGUGGAGCUGGUAGAGACGGCUAGUCCAGCGUCCCUACGCUCCUGGACCGUUCCCAAGAUCGCAGCUGAGCUCAGAAGACGAGGCAUACCAUACCCGGCCACGGCCCGCAAAGCGGAACUGUACCGCCUCCUGAACAAUAACCCCGACACCCCGCAACCUGGCACCAGUACACAGGCCAUCGAUGGGAGCACGCCUGGACUUCAGGCCACCAUGUCCACUCUUCUCUCUUCAGUUAAUCUGAUCAAUGAGAGACUGGAGAAACUUGAGAACCAAGUGGCCUUGAUCAACCCAGCAAAUGCUCCCACCAUGCUGCCACAGUCACUGCCUAACCCGGGUAACAGCACUCUUUCCGGCCCAGCACCUGCCUCCACACACAUCAUCAUGCCUGCCCACUUAGUGCCCCAAGCCAUUAAAAAAGACAUCCUAGAGGGGAAAGACGUCAACCUGGUUUCACUCCUCAUAGCAUCCCAAGACUUGGUAGAAAACAAGGCUUACUGCUAUGGGGAAGUUUCGGUAGUACUCAAGGCUAGGGACCCCAGGCUUAACAAGAAACUGGCCAUCCCCGAUUUUGUAAUUGCUUUUGGAUUGUACAGGGAUGUCAUUUGUUCCGUCUUCCCUCAACGCAGAGAGGAACUGGACCUGUACCUCCACAAAUUGGUGGACUUAGGCAACAAAUACGGAGGCUACUCUUUCUAUGAUUAUCAUAGGUCAUUUUCGGCGAAGGCGGCGGCAGCACUGGUCCAGUUUAACAUACGCUCAGACUGGAGCCAACUGGAUACGGAACUGUUCUGCCGCCACUUCGCGGGCCUCAAGCCUCCGUCCUGUGCCAUUUGCACGUCCUCUGCACAUUCCACCAAUCUGUGUCCCUCUGAACUAAGCCAACCCUCCACAAGCCAAGCAGAGCCCACCCCCAAAUCAGAUAGGGUCAUCAAAGACAAACUGGGCAGGCCCAUUGUAUUCCUCGGCAAAGCACAGGUAUGCAAUAACUUCAAUGCUGUAGCUUCAGCGCUUGUCGUUUAUUGCAUGUCUGUUCCCUUUGCUUUAGGGCACACGCAAAGACCAUGUGCCCUAAUCGGCUGUUCCCUAAACAAUGACUCACGGAGAUUAAUGUUGGCAACCUCACCUAUUAUCUUUCCAAUCACCCCUCCCCUCACUUGGUCGAGUUCCUCACAACAGGCUUCACGGUAGGAUUCCACACAGGGCUAGUGGCAAUACCGGGAGGCACCCUAGAAUGUAGGAACCUACAAUCAGCCUUACAAGACCCCGUCACUACGAACGCACUACUUACAGCCGAGGUCAACCAUGGGUUCAUGAUAGGCCCAUUCACACACCCCCCAUAUGCCAGUUUCAGAACUAACCCAAUUGGCAUUGCUACUGGAAAAUUCAAUAAUAAAAAAUGCAUGAUUAUUUACCUGUCAGCGCCUCAUUCAUCCGUGGUUCCUAGCAUUAAUUCAUUGAUUCCAUCUAGCGAAUUUUCACUCCAAGAUGCCACAGUGGAUAAUGCAAUGGGAGCAAUUUUGAAAGCAGGUAAAGGCGCCUGGUUAGGAAAAACCGAUAUCACCAACGCUUUCAAAUUGCUACCCAUACACCCAUCCCUGUGGCAUUUACAUGGAGUAAAAUGGGAGGGCCAGUACUACUUCGCCACGCGUUUGACGUUUGGGGCCAAAAGCAGUCCCAAACUGUUCGACACGUUCGCCGAAACACUUUGCUGGUUAUUACUAAAUGUGUGUGGCUGCCCGGUAGCAAUACACUACCUGGACGACUUCCUCACGGUUGAGGAACCUAACCGCACCCCCACAGCUUAGACAAAACGGCUGCUCUUUACUCCACACUGGGGGUACCUAUUUCAGUAGAAAAAACAAUAGGUCCUUCUACAGCCCUGACCUUCUUAGGCAUCCAUCUAGAUUCCAUAUCCAUGGUAGCGAGUCUCCCAGACGAGAAGGUAACACGCAUAACUAACGAAAUCUCAUGGUUCAUGCAGAAAAACUUUUGCUCUCGCAAAGAGCUACAGUCACUUUUGGGCUCACUUAACUUUGCGGUCCGCAUCAUACCGCAAGGACGGUCCUUCAUUUCACGCCUACUUCACCUCCUGACGGAGACCCCCCACGACAAUACCCACAUACUCAUCGACGUUAACGCCAAAGCAGACUUACGCAUGUGGGGCACAUUUCUCUCCUCCUGGAACGGGAGGUCAAUGUUCAUACCCCCACUUGACGUAGAUUCCCCGGUCGUGUGGACCGAUUCAGCAGCCCACACAGGCUUUGCAGCCAUAUACAACGACCAGUGGUUCCGGGGUGCAUGGCCAUCUGAAACAUCAACACUACAGGCGUUUAACACCACAUCCUCACUUUUCGAACUUUACCCAAUAGUGGCAGCUGCACACACUUGGGGCCCAUUGUGGGAGGGCAAAGCAGUCAAAUGUCUCUCCGACAACGAAGCCACAUGUGAAAUCAUUAACAAGGGCAGAUCCGCAUCCCUAGUCAUCAUGAGACUCAUGAGAAGACUCACAUGGCUGGCAGCAACUCACAACUUCCACUUGGUUUGCAUGCACAUACCAGGCCGGGAAAACAUUGCAGCUGACGCUCUCUCUCGUUCCAACUUUCAGGCCUUUUUCGAACAGCAUCCCACGGCGGUAGCCAUACCUGUGCCAACCCCCGUAUUUCAGGACCUCAUUAUGGAUUGAUAAACCGGAAACAACAUGCACUAACGUUGGCUAAAGCGGCUCUAUCAGAUAAUACCAAGAAAUCCUAUGACAGAGCUCUUACUAUUUUUUCCAGGUUCACUUCCGAACACCAUAUCACCAACACCUUCUCCAUAGACACGAUCGUUGCUUUCACCGCGCACUGCCACCUACACCUUAAGCUUGCCCAUAACACUAUAAAACUCUACCUCACGGGCAUUCAGCACCACUUACUCACCAUGUUCCCCAAUCACAAACCUUUCAUGUCAUCCUAUCUCUUAAAAAACGUCCUAAAAGGAAUACUCCGCACUGACGGCCCUCCAACAGCCAAAAGACAGCCAAUUGACAGCAAUAAAUUCAAGGAUCUAUCAGAUCUAUUAGAUUCUAACCCAUUCGAACCUAGCACUAACAACGUACUCAAGACGGCUAUGUACAUAGCGUUUUACGGGUUCUUACGGCCCAAUGAAUUCACGGUACAUAAUCUAUCAGUCAACACAAGCUACGUCAGAAUUAGGGACCUACAAAAAUCAGGGGACCAUUACAUACUGCGCCUAAGACGUACAAAAACAAAUCAGGUAGGACCGCCUACAGAAAUCCAGUACUUCCCGACCCAUAACAAAUGGUGCCCGGUGACAAUCCUGGAUACUUUCUGCCUUUCCCUCACAGACAAACAAAGCUACUCACCCUUACUCACUAUCGCCGACAAACCUCUGACCACGGCUAAAUUUAUACACUAUGUAAGGGCCUUGGCGAUCAGACUAGGACACGACCCCAUGUCCAUCUCAGGACAUUCAUUCAGGAUCGGCGCCGCGUCAGUCGCUUCCAGCAAUAACGUACCCGCACACAUCAUUAAAAAACUAGGUAGGUGGAAAUCAGCAGCUUACGGAAAAUACAUUCCACAGCCAGAGAAGGAACUGAGGAAAGCUUUUAAAGAAUUGCUCAUGUGAAUGUUACAAACAUUAAAGUGUUUUUGUUUGAAACCUUUUUGCCCUCAUUAUUUCAGGCCUACCCGAUCGUUGGUUCAGGCACACCACAACCAACUAUCGGUCUUCACCUACGACUACACUUACGGCUUUAUAUCCCCGACUACAAAUGUGAAGGCGGAGCCUGUAGUUGUGGGAGGGGUUAACCGGCCUAUUUAAACUCAGACCUACCUCUAAAUCAGGGCCAGGUCGCUUCUGACUCCCCACCCACCAACACCCUUUCAACAAAUACUAUUUAGGUGGGCCCUCAUUAUUUCAGGCCUACCCGAUCGUUGGUUCAGGCACACCACAACCAACUAUCAGUCUUCACCUACGACUACACUUACGGCUUUAUAUCCCCGACUACAAAGGUGGUUUAACAGCUGGGAUAAAGCUUAAGGAACCACUUAACGCCUUCCGAAUGCUCUCUUUUUUUUUUUGUGAAAACACUGACAGAGAAAGAAAACAUUUAGUGACUGACAACAAAUAAAGCUAUAGGAAUGUGAUGUCUGCUUCAUGUUCACAUUAUCAGAGAAAAUCUAAAUGUUUUGGCGCCAGUACUGUAAAACAGUAGCUCAUAUUACUUGAUUGUCCAUUCAUCUUAAAGGGGCAGCAUAAUUGAUUUUCUGGUAAAUAGCCUUUGGUUAGGGUUAGCAAUAGUUCAAAUUCUAAAUGGUUGGAAAAUAAUCUAUACUCCACAAAAAUCCUAAAAUAUCACAGUGCUGGAGUAUGAGGAGCAGAGUGAUAUCAUACAGAUGUCAUGAUGGAGCAGUGUGUAAGCGAGGGUAAAUCUGGCAUUGUAUACCGGUCACGGUGUAGCAGUGUGAUGACAGAGAGAGGCUUGCACUGUAUGCAAGCUGAGGUAUAGAAGAAUGUAACAGAGGGUGAGGCUGGCACUGUAUAGAUUUCAUGCUGUAAUGGUGUUUUGCUAUAUGCAGUAAUGAAACUAAUCAUCGGCUAUAAACAAAAGAUAUGUGGGAAAAACUAAAGCUGUAACAAAAACUAGAAAAAUAUGAACAUUUGCAGAUAACCUUAUGAUAAAAGAAUGUUAUAAUAAUUAGUUAGAUCUAACCCGAAAUGUUAUAAUAAUUAGUUAAAUCUAAUCCUACGGGUUCUGUGGCUGUUUUACAUAUUGUCACUUUAUUUGCUUAAAGUCACAUUCCCACAACAAUUAUAGAAUUUAACCAAAUAAACCUUUGUAUUGUUUUUUUAAAGAACAUUGUUAAAGGGACACUAUAGUCACCAGAACAACUACAGCUUAAUGUAACAAUAAUAGCUCCCUUCAGGCAUUUGUAUGCAAACACUGCCUUUUCAGAGAAAAGGCAGUGUUUACAUUGCCCCUGGGACACCUCCAAGUGGUACUCCUCAUAUGGCCACUGGAGGGGCUUCCUGGCUCAGGGCUGCACAGUAAGCAGCCCUGCCGUUCAGCGUCCCCACGCUCUGAAUGGAGACGCUGAAUUUUCCUCAUAGAGAUGCAUUGAUUCAAUGCAUCUCUAUGAGGAGGUGCUGAUUGGCCAAAAUGGUGUUUAUCUGCGCCCCCUUGGGGAAGCAUUGGAUUGGAUAAAAAUCAACAAUUCUGAUUAUGUCACCAAAGGGUUGCUUGGGGGAGGGUGGGGGAGGACAAGCCACCUAAAUGGUGGGUUUUCACUAUAGGGUCAGGAAUACAUGUUUGUGUUCCUGACCCUAUUGUGAUCCUUUAAACUGACGAGGUGUGUUUCUUUCUUCUUUUUUUUCUAUGUCUGUAAUUAUAGGCAGGUUGGCUUAGGUAGAUAUAAGUUUACAUGUCUCCCUAUUUUGCUUCUUCUUGGGACACGUUUUAUAUCUCCUAUUAUACUUUGGAAUUAUAAUGACUGGGGGAAGGGAGAGGGGAGGGAGAUUAGUACCAGCAUAAUGGAUAGCAGUAAGGAAGAGGAGGAAAGGAGGAAAAGAAAAGGAAGAGAAAGGAAAAGGGAACAUCAAGCAAUGUUAGAUUGGCAACUUAUUGGGUUAUGGUUUUAGUGAUCAGUGCGGUCAUUUAUUCCAGUCAAAGUAGAUAGCAUUGCGGAACGCUAUUUGAUCGACUAUGGGCUGGAUAUUGGGAAUGUCAUUUGGUUUUUGAAGAGUUUUGAGUCCUUUCUCCUCCUGCCGGGGUCUCUUUUCCUGCAAUUAUAGGCAGGUCUUGUUCAGGGGGCUACAUAUACAUGUGUGUGCAUAUAUAUAUGUAUAUAUAUAUGUGUGUGUUUCCCCACUGGAUUACCAAGAGGUGGUUUGUUCCCCCUCUUGAAAUAUUUUUUAUGUUUUAUGUAUUCUAUAAUGUAAAUGUGUACUUUUUUGUUUGUUUUUAUUUCUUCUUUUUCUUUUUUUUCUCUUCUUUUGCUUCUCUGAGACUCGAUUUGGGGGGUAAUCAGGACAAUAGGUGUCAUGAUGGCACUUAAUGUGAUAUCAUGGAAUGUCCAGGGUUUGAACUCACCACAGAAAAGGGGAGCGGUCUAUAAAUUUCUAAAUGAUAAUGCCAUCGAUAUUGCUUUUAUUCAGGAGACACAUUGGAUUAAUCCCCCAGAGAAAUUCUGGAAGUUUAAGAAAUUCCCGUUGAUAUUUUCCUCCAAUAUGGAGGGAAAUAAAAAAAAAAAGAGGCACUGCAAUUAUAGUCUCUAGCAGAAUUAAUUUUGAAAUGAUACAUCUAACUGGGGACCCAAUGGGAAGAUAUGUGAUACUUAUCGCAAAAAUUAAUGGUAUUAUAUAUACUUUGGCUAAUGUUUAUGCACCAAAUUCGUGCCCAGGAGAUUUUUUGGAUAAAAUUAUGGAAAAGGUUGAUGAACUAGCAUGCGGUAACAUCAUAAUUGGGGGAGACUUCAAUUGUGUAUUGGAUCCAGUACGGGAUAAAAGCCAUAAAAAUGCUAGAGAUUAUAAAUUUGUAAAUACCUACGUUUCUGAUUUUUCUAAAUUUCUAGAUAGGAAUUCCCUAUUUGAUUGUUGGAGGACUUUGAAUCCUAGUGAGAGAGAUUAUACUUUCUUUUCACAUGUUCACCAGACUUACUCUCGAAUAGACAUGUUUCUGGUGAAAGCGGGGUUUUUGAGUUCUAUUAUUAGCUCCAAUAUAGGAUCCAUAGUUGUAUCAGAUCACGCACCAGUAUUCAUUAAGGUUAAGUUAAAAGGUGGCCUUAGACCAAGGACAAGGUGGAGACUUAAUGAAAGCCUCUUGAAAUCAGAGUGCAACAUUGAUUUUUUGUCAUCUGAAAUAGAAAAUUUUUUGAUCACCAAUGAUAAUGGGGAAGUUUCUACGGCAACGGUAUGGUGUACCCUUAAAAGCUUUAUAAGGGGAUUAUUGAUUAAACUUGGCUCAGAAUCUAAAAGGAAGAAGGGAGAAUCUUUGCAGGAGUUAAGAAUAAAAUUGGCAAAUAAGGAACGUUUAAAUAAAAAUGUGGUGAAUAAAGAUUUAACCGAGGAAAUAGCUAAAUUAAGGGAAACUAUCAAAGAUAGAAUUUACGAUUUGGUCAAUAAAAAUAUACUAUUCCUUAAACAAAGGUGGUACCAUAAUAAUAAUAAAAUAAAUAAAGAUCUCUCUAACAAAAUUAAAAAUAAUCUUAAAGAUAAGUUUAUAAAAAAAAUUGUCUUAGGUGAUAAACAUUUAGUGUUACCAAAUGACAUUGUAAAUGCAUUUGCGGAAUUUUAUAAAUCUCUAUAUAAUCUAAAGGAGGUAGGGAGGAGUAGAGAAGAAAUGGAUACAUUUCUGAGUAACCUUAAAUUACCAAAAAUUAACCAAAGGAAGUUGGAAUCGCUGAAUGCCCCAUUUCUACUAUCAGAAGUAACCGAAGUAAUAGACAAGUUAAAAUUGAACAAGGCUCCAGGCCCAGAUGGCUUCUCAACAAUGUUUUAUAAAACCUUUUCUAGACUCAUUUCCCCUAUCCUUCUAGAGAUGUUUACGAAGGCGUCCGCGGAUACCCCUUUCCCUAAUGAGAUGCUAUUGGCUUCAAUCAUUCCUAUACCCAAAAUAGAGAAAGAUUUAACACUUAUAACUAAUUAUAGACCUAUAUCUCUUAUUAACUUAGAUAUAAAGAUAUUCUCUCAAAUAUUAUCUAAUAGAUUUUAGGCAGCCAUGACCCAGGAAGGAUCUCUAACAGCUAUCUAAGGAGUGGCCAGUGAAGUUAUCACUAGGCUGUAAUGUAAACAUUGCAUUUUCACUUAAAAGACAGUGUUUACAGCGAAAAGCCUGAAGGUAAGGAUUCUACUCACCAGAACAAAUUCAAUAAGCUGUAGUUGUUCUGGUGACUAUAUUGUCCCUUUAAAGUGAACCUCUUCUCUUUUUUUUUAAAUUAAUUUUCUAGAAUGUAGAUAUAAUAUCCUUAAUUAAUUUUGAUGCAAUAUUUAACUUAUUCACCUGACUUGGAGAAGGCCAAUUAAGUAGAAAGGGAUCCAUUCCUCUGCAACAAUGUCUCCCAAUAUAUCUUUUUUACACUUACUGUCCCAAGCUAGGAGAUGAGAUAGUAUACAUGUCUGAUGUAAAGAUUAACGGUUUGGAAAACCCAGUCCAUCAGUAUUUACAUUUCUUUUAAGAAUAGAUCCCGGAACUCUUGGUUUCUUAGCGUUCCACACAAAUUUUGUAAACAAAAUCUCAGAUUGAUAUAAUAUACCCUGGGGAACUUGUAGGGGCAGAACUCUAAACAAAUAUAGGAUCUAAGAUAGUAUGUGAGCUUUCACAAUAGUUAUUCAACCCAUCCAUGCUACCUAGAGAUUUUUCCAACGUGUCAGGAGAUCUUAAGUAGUCUAAUAAGUAGUUGUAAUUCACCAAUAUAAUCUCUUCAAAUGUAGGGCAAAUUUUAAUCCCUAGAUAACCUGGCCUUUUAUUUGACCAAUCCAGUUAUUAUAAUUAUUAUUAUUGCCAUUUAAAUAGCGCCAACAGAUUCCGUAGCGCUUUACAAUAUUAUGGGGGGCGAGGCGGAUCUUAUCAAAUGUUGCUUUUGAGAAUCUGUUAAAUAAAAAGAAAUAGUUGGAGUUUUUGAUAAGUUUAAUGUAUUAUUUGAAUAAGAACCGUAUAUUUCAAUAAUAUUUAAGAUAUUCGGAACAGAGAUAAGUGAAAAUGCGCAUGUCAAAAAUUUGUCGUCAGCUGGAAUACUUAGGAAUAAAUGUUGGUUGGAACUCAAUUGCAGAUUUAGAAAAAAAUAAAUUCUGUCACUUUGAGAUUAUUUAAAGUAAGUGUUUUAUUGCUUAGGUCUUGAUAUAACAUAAUAACCUUUAGUAGCAAUUCAAUCCUUAGUAUGCAGAUCCUUAUUUAAAUACUUAAACAAUGUCCAAUAGAAUUAUAUGCAGAGUAUAAACAAGAAGUAUAAAUGCAGGAGUUGUGCAGGAUAUAUUCAGGUCGCAAUUUAAAUACAGGAAUAUAUUGAAGCACAGUGAACUGACUUUUGUAUUGACUGGAUUCACCCUUUGAGAGCAUUAAACUGAAUGACUUGAAAAAUACAGCAAUUCCCAGUAUAAUAGAAGAAUUUAGCUUGUUUGUGGAGGAUGGUGAUCAGAGGGAGUCCUUUCUGUGUUUAAGAAGUCUGUAGUUGAACAAUAUGCGUUUGGAGUAAAGAGAUGACAGUAGUCUAAGUCCGUUCCGAGUCAAGGGAGUAAAGAGUUCAGCAAUAUCGGUUUUGAAGGUUCAGUUCACAGUUUGGUAACAAAGGGAACUCAGAUGGCACUUGGUAGCAAAAUGAAACAAAUUGACUGAGCCCUUGAUAUUACAUGCAGCUUCCUUUUAACACAGGUGUAGGUGACAUCAGAAACAUAGGCGGGGCCUGAUCGGUGAACAAGGAAGUGCUGCACAGUGUAUCUGCAGAUCAGUAAUCAUGACAUCAGCAUACAAAGGGAUCAAGUGUUCCUGUUGACCAAUCUGUAUGCCAUGGACCUCUUCUGCACUUCGAAUAUAAGCUGCUAGGGGCUCUAUAGACAGGGUGUAAAGUAAAGGGGCCAAAGGGCACCCCUGUCUUGUACCAUUUUUGAUAUUAAAAAAAUCGGAGUCCAUUGACUUUCCUUUAAUUUUAGCCCUAGGACUAGUAUAAAGAGCCAUAGUUCGAUGAAAAAAAAGCAUCUGUAAUCACAAAGACCUGCAGAGUUUCCCCGAAGAAGGUCCAAUUAAGCCUGUCAAAUGACUUCUCAGCAUCUAAGGCCAUAAAUACUGAUGAAACCUCUUGGGUGUGGACUUGAUCUAAUAUUCCCAAAGUUCUACGAGUAUUAUCGUCUCCUGAUCUCCCUGUCAUAAAGCCAGAUUGAUCGGGGUGGAUCAAAUCUGAGAUUUUCAAGUUUAUUCAUCGUGCUAAGAUUUUAGAAUAGAUUUUAAUGUCUUGGUUUAUCAGAGAUACAGGUCUAUAAUUAUUUACAGUUGUAGGAUCUUUAGACGGCUUUAGGAUUGGAAAUAUUGAAGUGUCUAACCUUUCUGCUUGAAAAGACAGGGAUGUGCCCAUUUGAUUGAAUAAACGGGUUAGAAGCGGAGAGAAUACAGGUUCUAGGACUUGAAAAAAAUAGGGCCGAAAACCCAUCUGGACCUGGGGGUUUUUCCCCUCCCCUAUAUUUGAGUUAUUGUUUUAGAGACCUCCAAUAUGUACAAUGGUUGAUUUCAUUUUUCUAGUUUUAACUCUGAUAGAUAAGGUAAUUUAAAAUUCUUUAGAAAUUGUUUAAUCUUUAAAUUAGAUUUAUUAACUUCUGGAAGGUUAUACAAAUUUGUAAUAAUCCCUAAGACACACAUGUUCUACCUUUAUAAUGAAUUACUUUUAUCCUAUUGGAUAUUUUUUUUGUCAUUGUUCUGCGCGCUCUAUUGUUACUAUACCAUUGAUGUUUUAGUCUAGCUAGGGCUUUAUCAGAUUUAUCCGUGAAGUUUGAUUUUAUGCUGUUUUGAAUUGUGUUAAUUUCUAUAUUUUUUUCAGUUAUAGGAGUUAAUGUAUUUUGGUGUUCUAAAUUUGCCAAGACAAUAUGUAAUUCUGCAAGAUCAUUGCCUUUUGCCUGCUUCAACCAUGAUCCUUUUUUAUAGGCUAUACCCUUAAAAACGUUUCAUUGAGCACCAGAGUUGUAUCAGAAACCUCACCAUUAUCAUUUUGUUCUAGAAAGUUAACUGCAGAGUUUAUCAGAUCCACUUUACUUUCCUCAGAAGCAAUAAUGGUUUAGUUUAAUCUCCAAUUCUUUCUUGUUUCUUGUCAUCACCUCCCAUUCACCGUUUUACUUUCACAUUUACACUACUCUGCCAUGCACAUCUCUCUCAGGUGUAUUACUUAGGGGGAGACAAUGUCAGGUUCAGGGGGGGUGCCUUCUUUAAUUAUUGCACCUCGGCCCCUGCAAACAGUCACAACUACAGUGACAGCCACAUCAGUCACGCAUACACUGUCACAUACAGUCAUAGUCACAAAACACAGAUACUGUUACAGCUCCACCAUCACAGGCACACACAUUUACAGUUACACAGUCACAAGUUUUCAUAUUUUGACAUUCCUCUCAGUGGUCACUCCUCUAGAGCUUGGUAUCCAUCUCUGGGGACGGGUGUAACAGUGUUUUUGGAUCUGCCAGAAUUGAGCUAUUAGCUUGGCUUGUGAGCCAUAAUAACCUUUGUAAAGGUUGUGCUUCGAGGUAGCAGAGUUGAUACUGGCUGUCUGGAAGCAAGAAAACAGGCAGAGGUGUUUCUCUUUAGGCCAGCCCAGCUGGGGGAGAUAUAGCCGCUGGCUUGACCCCAGUCUCGGUGAUGGUCUCUCUCCAAUGGCAUUUUGUUACCGGGAAUCCUUUCAAAAUGGACAUCAGAUGGUGACAGAGCCACUAUUGUAGAGAUAUAGAGAUCCUAUAUAUUAAAUUAAGUAUGAUAGAACAGAUAUUACCUCAGCUCAGAAAGAGCCUAGUUACAAUGUAUCAUUAAAGGCUAUAUAUCCUUAAUUAGAAAUCAACUGAAACUAGCUCCACAUGUCCUUCAGCUAUGAAGCCUAUAAGAUCAAACAUCCCCGAGUUUUAUAGUGUAUUGGCAGCCUAUUUUAUGUUGUUCAAACAAAUACUACACUAACUAUAACAGAAUUGUAGAGACCCUGAGCCACCAAUUGACUUUGCUGUUUAAGAGCCUACAUUACCAUGCUGAAUAGUUAGUAAGAAGCCAAAUUAGACAGAGAAAUGCACAUGCACAUACAUUCUGCCAUACGCAGCAUACCCACAAUGACAAAAUACCACAAACAGUCAGGCACAGUAUACACACACUGAAACAAACACACCCGGUAUGCACACUGACACACGCUGCUAAACCCUCAGAAACUGUGUACACACAUACUGCUACACAUAUAUAAUGCUACAUGUACCGUCAGACAUAGUAAACACAUUGUAAGUGGUUUCUUUGUUUUUUUAAUUGAUUUUCUUGUAUAUUUUGAUUUGGGGAAUUGUCCCCUCAAAAUUUUGUUGUCACUUCCUGUGAUGCUUCGUAAUAUCCUGUGAUAUCAUGUCAUGUGGUGUCACACAUAUACAAUUAAUUGUGCAAAUUAGCAUGGUGGCUGGUAUUUUUUUUUAAGAAACUCUACUUCCAUAAAAUACAGAGAAAUCAGUGCGACUGUAACUUGGAAUCUCAAUGUAUUCUCUUAGACUCAAUGCACUUCAAAGCCAUUCAUAUUGUGUAUUUGGCUUAUUGAUAUAUUAUAUUCAUUCCAUUUCAGAAUGAGAUGGCUUCUAUAGCAGAGAAACUGCUAUGUUUAUAAUAGGGUUAAUCCAGCCUCUAGUGGCUGUCUCAUUGACAGCCGCUAGAGGGCUUCCGCGCUUCUCACUGAUUUUCACAGUGAUAAGACGCCAGUGUCCAUAGGAAAGCAUUGUGAAUGCUUUCCUAUGGACUGGCUGAAUGCGUGCGCAGCUCCUGCCGCGCAUGCGCAGUCAGCCGAUGCUGGAGAGCAACCGGUGCUGGAGAGAGGGGGUCCCUGAGGGUGGGGGCACCCUCAGGGAACUAUAGUGCCAGGAAAACAAGUAUGUUUUCCUGGCACUACAGUGGUCCUUUAAGGUUAGUUUGUAUCUUCCCUAAACUAUGAAACUCUGUGGCCAGAUUCCUUCAUGAAUAUUUCCGUCAUGUGUCCUUAAGGGGUUAAUGCUCUCUUAGUGAUUUCUACAGGAAAAUGCCAAUAUAAUUAGCGGAUAUAGAUUUAUCUCUGACCAUAGGAUCCAGCCUGGGCAUUGCUAGGUGGUGAAAACACCAGGGGUUUCAGCCCAGGGGUAACUUUUAUUGAAAUUUUACUAACCCCAAUCCUGCAGUGUUAAACCUACACCAGAUACAUUAAAGUCCUGACUCAUAGUAAUACUUCCAGACUGUGCUGUACUAACUACAAAAAUGGUGCAUGGAAGUGGCAAUCUCGCAAAGUACAUAUUUCUAUUAGAGUUUUAUCUAACAGGAUAAAAGUACAUGUACAGUGCAGUACACCAACAUCAUUAAAAAUAGAUUAUUUGUUUUAUCUCUAGGUUGGACAGGGAAGAUAUACAUGCUGAUGAAUACAGGAAAGAGAAUGGUCUGUUUCCCCUAUCACACUUUUAGAGCCUGACUGAGAAUCUUCUGGACUUAUUUCCAUCUGGCCAGGUAAACGACUCAGUACUAAUUAUGAAACAACACCGGUAGUAAAAUAACAAAUAGUGCAAAAGAUGUACAUCACAUCCACUGUGUAACCCAAUUUACUGUUCGUGUCUGGAUUAAUAUCCAUCCAGAAGAUGGUAAGCAAACUGCAUCGAUUGGAAAAUAAUAUUUUUCUGUGUUCAAGUUCUGCAGCAUCAUACUCUGUAUAUUGUAUAAUUUUUUUAAAUGAUUUAUGAAAUGAUCAUUUAAAUGCGCUGUGCCCUCUAUUCCUAAAUUGUUGGAUUUAAAAUCCAAAGGCCAAUACAAUUAUAGUAAGUACAAUUCGAGAAAGUGCAAUUAUUCCCAUAUGUUCAAUAAAUGUAAAUAAAAAGAGGAAUAUAAGAAAGAGCGAUAUAAAAUCAGUUACUAACUCACAGGAGUGUUAUCUUGAAUGCCAAAACCUAAUUGUGUUUGAAUACUUAAAAUAUUUUAACCCAGGAUCGGAUCCAGAACCUAAUCUCGGAAGGGGAACUGGUAAAUUAUUUAAAAAAACAAUCCUGGCACAGUAACCACUACAGCUCUGUAACCAAGACAAAGCUCCAAGCUCGCGAGAGGAGAAAGUGGCGGAGCGCCAGGCAAUUUACAUACAAUUACAUACCUUGGCUGAGUUGAAGUCCUUCCUUGGAGGCGCUCCACCGGUGAGAUCCAGGUGUUAGGUGCAUGGACGGCACAACUGGAGCAGAGGUUGGAGACCACAACAGAGGCACGUAAUGUUGCAGCAGUAUGGGUGAACUACCUCACGGUCCAUGUCAUGUUGGUGAAGCUGGCGAUCGAGGAUAUGGACAACUGAUCCAGACGCAAUAAUGUGUGCAUUUGAGGCCUACCGGAAUGCCCUGACGAAAACCCUCUGGUGGACCUGGUGGUAAGCAUUUUUAAAACGUUACUCCCGGAUGUCCCGGAAAAUCGAUGGCACAUGGAGCGGGCUCAUAGAGCGCUCCAUGGCAGGAGGAUGGAGUCAAACGUCCCCAGGAACAUUAUAGUCGCCUUCCUCCAUUUUCCCACUAUGGAGGCCGUCAUGAGAUGGAGUCAGGAAGGCCCCAUUACGCAUGAAGGCGCAAACCUAAGACCUGGCACCAUUUACGCUCCAGAAGAGACGAGAAUGGAAGACGUGGCACCAUUUAAGCUCCAGAAGAGAGGAGAAUGGAAGCCAGUUAUGGAGGUCCUUCGCAUGGCGAACGUGCACUACGCCUGGUGUUAUCCCUUUAAGCUCCUUUUCUUAAAAGAUGGCCGCCCUCACAUUCUACAGCCGGGAGGAGAUGCUGCUUUCCUUAGUACCCUGGGGCUCCAGGUACCGAGCAACUUACUCCCACGACGGGUGAUGCCACAGAUCUACCACAACUACAGAGGAAAUGGUUUAAAAAAAAGGGUUAAAAAGAAACAUAAGACCCAAAUGCUGCUUACUUUACUAGAGUUAUUACGAGUGAUGAAACAACAGCACAAAACAAAUCCCACUGCUGAUAUUCUGCCACAAUUAAAAGCGGUUCACAGGUCAAUUAGUGAUUUGCUUAUAGAAGAUACCGCCAGGUCUAUCAUAUGGUCAAAGCGGACCUUCUAUGAGAAAGCCAAUAAAAUGGACAUGAUACUAGCCAGGUCUCUUCGGCCAAUGCAGAGGCACGCCCACAUAACAAGCAUCAGAUAAAGAGAUGGAACAUUAAAAACGAGUUUCGAAAGAUAUAGCAGCGGUCUUAAACGAUUUUUACAAAAUGCUGUAUCCCUGCAGGAUCAGCCUAAGCUCAACCCGGUAGCUAUGGGCAUCCUAAAUAACAAGAUUACUAGUGAGGAAAUAGACAAUGCAAUUUCAAAUUUGAAGGGGAACAAGGCUACGGGACCAGAUGGCUUUGAUGGGACAUCUGGUACUACAUACUGUCAGACACAGCCAGGGGAGUUGUGGCUAGGGCUGCAUGGACAGAAACAAAAGUGAUGUAACUCGUAAAUGUUAACAAAUGGAGCAGGGAUACUGCAGGGGCAUGAUCUAUACACCAAAACUGUUUCAUUAAGCUAACGGUCUCUUGACACCAACAGUGUCCCAUUUUGAACCCAUUACACUUAGAAUAGGGCUAUCAUAUUAGUGCAACAAACUAUACAGUUGCAAGAAAAAGUAUGUGAACCCUUUGGAAUGAUAUGGAUAUCUGCACAAAUUGGUCAUACAAUGUGAUCUGAUCAUCAUCUAAGUCACAACAAUAGACAAUAACAGUCUGCUUAAACUAAUAACAGACAAAGAAUGAAAUGUUGCCAUGUGUUUAUUGAACACACCAUGUAAACAUUCACAGUGCAGGUGGAAAAAGUAUGUGAACUAGACUAAUGACAUCUCCAAGAGCUAAUUGGAGUGAGAUGUCAGCCAACUGGAGUCCAAUCAAUGAGAUGAGAUUGGAUUGGGAGGAGACACUGAAUGUUUGGAUGCAUUUUAGGCAGCCAUGACCCAGGAAGGAUCUCUAAAAGCCAUCUGAGGAGUGGCCAGUGAAGUUAUCACUAGGCUGUAAUGUAAACACUGCAUUUUCUCCGAAAAUACAGUGUUUACAGCAAAAAGCCUGAAGGUAAUGAUUCUACUCACCAGAACAAAUUCAAUAAGCUGUAGUUGUUCUGGUGACUACAGUGUCCCUUUAACCCCUUAAGGACACAUGACAUGUGUGACAUGUCAUGAUUCCCUUUUAUUCCAGAAGUUUGGUCCUUAAGGGGUUAAUACAGGCAGGCAGAGACUGAAAUUAUUCACAAGAAAAAAUUAGAUAAUGUGUAGUAAAAAUAGCUCUUUAUUACGUUAGCCAAAUGAUCAAAUUCAUGUCUAGACACGUUCCUAAAAUAUUUAGCUGUAACGCUAUUGUUAAGUGCUUUCAAUGCAAAAUACUAGUUUAAAAUAUUUACUCAAUUCAUACAGACUGCAUCCACUAUUCAAUAUAUUUAUUUAAUAUAUAUUUCAUUUGUGGAGCUUAUUAUGAAUUUUUUUUAUUUUCUUUACUUGUGUUACAUUUUUAACUAACUGUGUAUGUGUAAUAUUUUUUUCUUUACUUUUUUUCUUUAGGAGGAAGGCCAGUUUCUGAAAAAUAGAUAUUUCUUGAUUGAUGUUCAUUUUUCGCUAACUAUGGAGGAUAUCAAUAUAAUAAUGGAUGAUCGUUAUUUUACAUGCCGUCUUGUCUUAUUUACAUCAGAUUUAUAUCUGAAAAUCACAAACCCAUCCUUGAUGAUGUGUGCAAGACAUGCUAACUAA